AUGAUGCAAAUCGACCAUAGUCACGGCUUGGAUAUUUUAGGAAAUUCAGUUUAGUGAGUGACACUGUUGGUGUCUGCAUCAGUAGAGAACUUUGAAAUCACAAACAGUGUUUUUAUAAAACACUAGUAAUGGUUAGAUUAACCCUUUAAAGCGGCACUGUCAUGCUGAACUUAGCUUUCUUUAAUCGAUUCCUCUUCUCUCCCUCUCUCAGGAUCUGUUCUUCAUUUCUUCCUGUCUGCUCUAUUUUUCUUUAAAACAUAAGACAAAGUAGGGACUAUUUGCCUUAUGGAGAUUUCCUACGCCGUGACCAUCUCUGACCAGCGGAGGAGCAAAGUGUGCUUCGUUUCCGGUGGUCAGAGAAAUUUUCCCACAGUUCUUAGCUUUCCUCCCUGUUCCCGCGAUGCUUCUUGUCAGUAUUCCCAAAUGGCCUGUCACUUAGACAGAACACCGGCGAAACUGCCGAAUUGCUUCCUAACAGAAUGAGAACAGUUUGUUCAUUAGUGUUAGGAUGCAAUUCGGGACUUUGUUCGUAUUGGAAUUUCAUUCCAAUGAAUGAAACUCCAAUCUAAUUCAUACCGCGGCGGCAUUUUGCAGCUGCUUAGUAGAUAACUCCCUAAUUCCCACGGUUUCAGGGAGCUAUCUACCAAAAGGCUGAAAGACCUAAAUUGGUCUUUCAGCCACAUUUACUAAUACUAAGUAAAAAUUACUUAGUAUUAGUAAAUUCUUCCUCUACUCGCUAUACCGCGAGUGGGGCAUGUCUAUUAAACAGUGAGCAGCCUGUGGCUGCUCACUGUUAAAAAAAACCAACUAGUAUCCCCCUGGCCCCCACCCCUGAGCGGUGGGUGGGGGCCAUAAAUAACAAUGAGGGGGGACCUAUUGUCUACCCCCAAGCCCCUGCCCAUGAGUGGCAGGUGGGGGCCAUAAAUGACAAUAAGGGGGGGACCUAUUGUCCUCCCCCCCCGGCCUCCACCUCUGAGCGGUGGGUAGGGGCCAUAAAUAACAAUGAGGGGGGUGGACCUAUUGUCCUCCCCCCGGCCGCCUCCCCUGAGUGGUGGUUGGGGGCCAUAAAGUAAAAUGAGGGGGGCCUAUUGUACUCCCCCCCAUCCCCACCCACCGCUCAGGUAAAUGAGUGGGGGGGGAACCCCUAGUCACCCCCUCCCCAAAUAAAAAAUUAUCUCCUACCUACCCCCCUCACCCUAAAAAUAGUGAGGGGGGAAUAAAAGAACUAACUACCUGUAAAAAAAAUAAACCUUACCAUUUGAUGUCUUCUUUUAUCUAAAAUCUUCAUUUAUCAGCCCCAAAAAAGGCCAAAAUAAAAACCAUCAUACCCGUUGAACUUGUAAAAAAUAAAAUUAAAAAACGAGAGCGCAAAAAAAAAUCAGACGAAAAUAAAAAAAAACAACGCUAAAAAAAGAAACCAUCUUCACCCGGCGACGGCACGGCGCAGAAAGCCUUAUAAAGCCUUGCCCCCCCCUGCAAGUAGGCUCAGAGUGCUCUAAUUGGUUGGUUUAAGCCAUCCAAUCAGAGUGCUCUGACAGGUAAAUGAUCUGCCUCUCACCCUUAACCCUAGAGUAGUAAUAGUUGUAGUUUUUAUAAACUGCAAUAAUUACCUUGCAGGGUUAAGUCCUCCUCUAGUGGCUGUCUAGUGGCUGUCUACAGACAGCCACUAGAGGGACUUCCGGGUUCUAAGACGACUUUUGGUCCAGCGUCGCCAGAAUCCCCAUAGGAAAGCAUUCAAUGCUGGACCCAGGUAAGUGACAGCGCCGCGGGAGGGGGCCUUGACAAAAGAGGAAGCUACAGUGCCAGGAAAACAAGUUUGUAUUUCUGGUACUUUAGUUUCCCUUUAACCCUUGCUGUGCUUGUUUUACUCCCACCACAAUUAAAAAAAGAAAUGUUAAAAAAGGCCACGUUUUCUCUGCAGCCCAAUCCUCCAUGCCUGAAGAGAGGUCGGGACGGGCGAGCAGAGAAAAGGACAUGAGCGGCAGAGAAGCGGACGGGCGUCAGAUGCUAAAGUUGUGCAUGAUUCACAUUAGCCACCUGGAGCUUUUGCCCCAAAGACACAUCGGGAGAUGUAGUCACACCUUCAGCAGAGUAGGGUUUGAACUCCAUACACCAUGAACACUACAAGUCAGUGAAGUAGUCAUGGUGCUUUGAGUAACCCUUUUAUAGUGAGCAGUAUCACGGCAAGGGCACAUAAUUCACUGUUGCACUUUAGAAUAUUGUUAUUUAAUGUAACUUGUGUAGUGCAUACAUGAAUUGGCCACUUGGUAGAGGACAUAUGUCAGAAAGGGUUGAUGUUAGGGAUGUGCAUGAUCCAAAAAUUCGGUUCGGUUCUGCAGUUUUUGAAAUUUGGGACUUUGGCAAUGCAGGACUUCAUCAAUUCGGUUCGGGACUUCCGAAAUUUGUGACUUCGGCAAUUCAGGACAUCGGUUCGGGACUUUGGCAAUUCGGGACUUCAGAAUUCUGAACAUGUGUAGGGUUCCCUAACAAUACGCUAACCCUACCCAAAACCUAACCCUAACAAUACCGAAUACUUCUGCACUUCCGAAAUUUGGAAAUUCGGGACUUCGCUCAUUCGGUUCGGCACUUCCGAAAUUCGGGACUUCGGCCAUUCGUUCAGUUCAGCAUCCAAAUGUCUGAAUUUCAUGAAAUUCGUAUGAAUUCACAUUCAGACCGAUACGAAUUGCACACGUCUAGUUAAUGUAAAUUAUGUAGCUGUGUGAUAGAGGUCAGAUGGUUUACAACAGGAAUUACUCCUUUAAUCAAAAGGUGUAAUUUUAAAUUUGAGAUGCCUGUAUGUCUAGUUUCAAUAUAAAAUAACUGACUUAUUGGAUAGUUACAUAGUUACAUAGCUGAAAAGAGACAUGCUCCAUCAAGUUCAGCCUCCCUUACAUUUGUUUUUUGCUGUUGAUCCAAAAGAAGACAAAAAAAAAACCCAGUUUGAAGCACUUCCAAUUUUGCAACAAACUAGGGGGGGAAAAAAAUCAAUCUUGACCUCAGAAUGAAAGUCAGAUUAAUCCUUGGAUCAAGAAACUAUUACCCUACAUUGAAAAAUGAUAUCCUUGAGUAUUCUGUUUUUGUAAGUAUGCAUCUAGUUGCUGUUUGAACAUCUGUAUGGACUCUGAUAAAACCACCUCUUCGGGCAGAGAAUUCCACAUCCUUAUUGUUCUUAGGAUCAGUAAAAUAAAAAUUAUAUUUAUUCAUAUAAUACAAAUUUAAUAAAUACACAGGGCUGGACAAAAUUCAGAGACGGGGUUGUGAAAUCAAUAACUUUUUUAUUAAUCAAUUUCAAUAAUCUACAUAAAAUGAAUGGUUAACGCAUGGAGAUAUAUUUGACUAGGUUUGGAAGAUGACAUAUUUUAAAUGAGCUCUAUUUGUGCCUUGCAAAGUCUGUCUCUUCAAAUUGUAUUCUUCAUAGAAUUAGUUAAAGGGACACUAUAGUCACCAGAACAACUACUGUACAGCUUAUUGCAUUUGUUCUGGUGAGUAGACCAUUACUUAAAAUGCAGUGUUACAUUACAGCCUAGUGAUAACUUCACUGGCCACUCCUUAGAUGGCUGUUAGAGAUCCUUCCUGGGUCAUGGCUGCAUAAAAUGCAUCAAAACAUUCAGUAUCUCCUCCCUCUGCAUGCAGACACUGAACUUUCCUCAUAGAGAUUCAUUGAUUCAAUUCAUCUCUAUGAGUAGAUGCUGAUUUGCCAGGGCUGUGUUUGAAUCAUGCUGGCUCUGCCCCUGAUCUGCCUCCUUCUUAGUCUCAGCCAAUCCAAUGGGGAAGCAUUGUGAUUGGAUCAGGCCACCACUUCUAAUGAUGUCAGCAGACAGCUUGUUUUUCUGAGGCAAACAGCAUGCAUCGUUACAACUUCAGGCUUGAAUACAGUAAGAUUUUGCUAUAUUUAUGGAGGCAUGAGGGGCCCAGGGGGCUAGAUGGUGGUUUUAACACUAUAGGGUCAGGAAUACAUGUUUGAGGCUCUGGUGCUCAAAUUUUUGCCAGGAUAUUCUCCUUGAGCUGCUCAAUUGUAUGUGGUUGGUUCACAUACACCCACUCCUUCAGAUGCCCCUAGAAGAAAUUAUCGUGAGAUGAAAGGUCGGGCGAACGUCGUAGCAAAUUAUUCUGUGAAUUUCUUGAAAUCAUCCACUCGCCAAACAGUUGUCUCAGUGUCACUAGGUGGUUACCCUAACUUACAGGAAAUGGCAAAACAGAUAAAUAGAGAUACCAAAAAGACAUUACCAGGCAUUAGAUACAGAUUCAACUUUAUUGUUGCUCCACCAUGUACAUAGAAGGGCAAUGAAACACAGUUGGCUUUUGAACAGAAAUGCAGCCGGAAUUUAUAAAAAAAAAUACUAUUUAAAUUUUUUUAUUUAAUUCACUAAACUCUGAAAUUAGUUCCAUAUUGGUUUAUACAAAUGAUUGGGAAGGAAGAGAGAGAUGAACCGAAAGAUACAAAAAAUCCAAAUGACUGGAUUUUAUGGACAAAGAUUGCAAGUAAUGCCAUGGAGAAGGAAAGGAAAAGACUAAUGGCAUUCUGGAGCGAGGGCUAAUGCAGGGCAGUCUUAACAGCAUUAUAGGCCCCCGGGCAAAACAGGGCACUGGGGACCUGCCUACACAGCCACUCACAGGAAUAAAAAUAUAAAAUAUCGAUAAAAUUAAGUUUAUAUUUAUUGGUAACUCCAACAAAUGUGAUAGAUACAUAAAUACCAUACAUACACAGACUGCUGAAUAUAUUCACGGACUGAUAAAUGCAUACACACACAGACUGCUGAGUACAGACAGCCUGCUAAAUACACACAUAGACUUCUGAAUAUAUACACAGACUGCUGAAUACAUACACAGACUGAUGAACAUCUUCCCCUGUACACAUUUCACCAAGACACAGUGGGGGAACUAAAGUAGAGAGGUGCAAGACAUACUUACACAAACAUAUACACUGACAGACAUACUGACAAACAUAUAUUCACUGACAGAUAUAUUGACACACACAAACAUACUGACACACAGACAUACGAACACACACACAGACACACACUGACAGUCAUUCUGACACGACACACACACACACACACACUGACAGACAUGCUGACACACACUAACAGACAUACUGACACAUACACACACACUGACAGACAUAUUGACACACACAGAAACAUCCACUGACUGACUUAGUGACAGACAUAUACACAGACUGAUGAACAUACACUCACACAGACUGCUGAAUACAUACACAGACUGCUAAACAUCUUCCCAUGUACCCCCCUCCAAUCGCUGGCGUUCAAUCACACAUUUCACCAUGACACAGUGGGGGAACUAAAGUAGAGAGGUGCAAGACAUACUUACACAAACAUAUACACUGACAGACAUACUGAUACAUACACACAAACAUACUGACAUACAUAUAUUCACUGACAGAUAUAUUGACACACACAAACAUACUGACACACACACAUACUGACACACAGACAUACGGACACACACACAGACACACACUGACAGACAUGCUGACAUGACACACACACACACAAUAACAGACAUACUGACACAUACACACACACUGACAGACAUGUUGACACACACAGAAACAUCCACUGACUGACUUAGUGACAGACAUACACACAAACUCACAGACAUACUGACAAACACAGACACAUAAUUAACAGACAUACUGACACACACACUGACAGAAAUACUAACACACACAGACACUGAUAGACAUACUGACACACAUUCAUAUACAAUCACACAUGCACAAUUUACACUUUUAGCCUACCUCCUGUUUCCAACCUUGAAGGGUGCCUUCUCUGGUGUCCUGAGUGGUGGCUGAGGCUGUUGUAAGUUAGGGUCUGGCUCUCCCGGCCCAGCCCCCCCUCCUCACUGUCUCCUUAAUCUCUCCCGCGCGGCUCUAUGUUUUCACUGGGAGGAAGUGAUGCUCGGCCGAAUUCUGGGAUAAGCAGGUGACUACUCUGCCCUGCUAAAUAAACGCCACUGCAGGGGCGGCCUUAAGUGGCCAACUGGCCACCUGCUGGGCUCCCUGUUACAGGCCAUUAGCCUGCUCCACGCAGCGCCCCUCACCUCCUUGCGCCUGUGCGCGGUGCACCUCGUGCACUCGCCCAGGAUCGGCCCUGCCCAAGGCCUAAAGUGCUGUUAAGAUGGCCCUGGGCAGCAUUGCGCAGGCAAAAAGUUAGAGCCACCCAAUGACCAUCUUUAAAAGUGUGACUGGGCCCCAUUGCUCAGUGAGCCACAGUGUUGGGAGGAAGUGAGUACAAUGCACAUCCUCUCCUUUUUUUAAAUGGUAAUCUUUGUGUGUAAAUGUCUGUGUUUGUGUAUAUGUGUUAUCUGUGUAUCUAUGUAUUAUCUGUGUGUAUGUGAUAUCUGUGUGUUAUAUGUAUGUGUAUAUUUGUGUGUAUAUGUGUUAUCUGUGUGUGUAUAUAUUAUCUGUGGGUAUAUGAUAUUUGUGUGUGGGAGUUAUCUGUAUGUGUAUCUGUGUGUGUAAAUGUGUGUAUCUAUGUGUGUGUCAUUUAUGUAUAUGUGUUAUCUGUGUGUGUAUGUUUGUCAGUGUGUACAUGUAUAUAUUUGUGUGUAUAUGUCAGUGUGUAUCUGCAUGCAUGAGUCAGUGUCUGCACUUGAAUGUUUAUGUGUGCAACUGUAUGUCAGUGUGUAUGUAUCUGUGUGUGUUUCAGUGUGUAUGUGCUGGGUAUUGUAUGUGCAUACAUCCCAGCCGGCAAACGUCAACUCUACAUACAAACACAAACACUAAACACAAGUUCACCACUGCAUUCAAAUAGCAACAGUACAUACAAACAUAUAACUGCUUUCAAAUGCACUGUAAUUGCUAUUACUUUUAUGCCAUACUACUUUUGCUGGCAUAGUGGGUUCUUCAUAUGCUGUAGACCUAUCCUGCGAUUUAAACAUUUUGGCUGCAUAGUGCAUAGUUUGUGUAAUAGGGUGCUUGGUAAGCAUAUUAUUAUCUUACUUGUUACCGGUAUCUAAAGCUACUGAUUUACUGUCUUCUAUUGAGCACAAAUUAUUUACUAGAAUAUGUUUGGCUGCUAGGUAAUCUUUGACUGAAUGUUUGCUCCAAACGCAACCUUCCAAGCUCCAUAGGGAAGCAUGUAAAAAAAAAGGACAACAUGACCAUGGACAAACUCUUUUCUAUCCUACUUAACACCUUGUCUUUGUUUUAUAAGGUCUGGAGGAUGUUGCAUGUGAGUGUCAAGGACUCCCCACCAAACCCCUCCUUUCUACUUUCUUAUCCUGACUUUCCACUUGUUUCUGGUUUUACAUUUCGGUGCAAAUAUAUGUUUGGUCUCUAUUUACAAUCUAUUUGGUGGUCCAUCUUUAAAAAAAAUUUGUAAAAAAAAAGAAGCCAGUUUUACCUCGUAACUCCUACUACUAUACUUUGUGAACCUUGACAGCUUCGAUAUUGUGUAGGAGAGGGAGUGGUUUAUAGUCCACACGAUUCAAAUAUAAUUCUCCAUGGAUUGAAAACUAGUGCUGGAAUAAAGGGUAUGAUCAGUGAGAAUUAAGGGCUACUCCAAACUAUGUUUUUAUUUUAAAAUAAUAUUCAUUAUUUAGUAGAUAUACCCUUAAUGAAUACAUGCCUGCAUUUUUCAUGCAUGUAUUCAUUGGGGAUAGAUCUUAAAAGAGCUUGCAAAAUCGUUGAAGCCCUCCCAUUUUUCCCUGGAAGAGACUAGCAGGCUCUUCUUGAAGAAAGAGCCAAUCAGAGGUUUUUUAAUUGAGUUGUGAGGCGUGGAGAUGCUGGUCUUAGGUCUAAAGAUCCGAAGGAUCCAAAGAUCUGAGGUCCUUGGUGGAGAAAGCAGGCGUGCUCAAAUAGAGCUUGUCUGUCACUUCCGUUAGCUCCCCUGAUUGCUGUUUGAUUGACAGCAAGGGAGGUGUUCUGUUGUUUAUUUAUGCUGAUUUCUCUCUUAUAAUUUAUUUAUUUCUAAAACUAAUAAAGAAAUAAAUAUGAAAAAAAAAGAAAAAUAAAUCUUUUCAGACAAGCUGGUAGCAGGUAAGUCCACAACAUCAGUUGAAGAAGCCUUCUGGAUCAUUUGCUUUUUGUAACUUGGAUAAUUAUUGAUUGUGUAAAUUAUGUUUUGGUUGAGGUAAACGUUCCAGAGCUGUGUAUAAAAAACAGGCAAAAGUGAAAUAUAUGUCUGAAUUCAAAUACGAGCCAGCAUAUCACCAAGAUAAAUAAUGUAAACUAUAUGGAAAGAUAUACAAAACAUUAUAAAUACUACAGUAAUCUGGAUAUCAAUAUUUGUUGUACAAUCCAUUUACUUAAUGAGGGAUUUUAACUGCAUUUGUUCAUGUACAGGGCACCUAGUUUAGGAAACAUUGGCAAAGUAAACUUUUACUAUGCAAAUUAAAUGGAAGAUUUAAAAUACCUAUAACUUAAUAUAUUAAGAACUGAAUCCAAAAUGAGUUUCACUCUAUGGUUUGGUUGGGGUUAAUUUAGUCCACAAAUACCAUCCAGACCACAUUCACAUAGGAUAAGUGGAACUGCUCUGUAAAACGAUAGCAACUAUAUCACGCCUGCUAUCAGUUUACACAGUUGGUUCACUAUUCAUUGAAAUGGGGAGAGCUCAGCACAGCAACAAUGGGAAGUAUGAAAUUGAGCCAAGGGUGGAUGGACUACUAGAUUACUAGAAGACAGGCAUGAAAAUGACUGCGUAAGGGCUGCAUAUCUACAGAGCGCAUAUAAAGUGCCCUGGCAAAGGUCUAAAUGCCCGGAGUACACUUUUCACAAAGGAAACACAAAUAUCAUGAUGCACUCAUGAUGUGCUUGCAGUAGGAUUGAUUUCUAGUGUUCUCAGGUGUUGGGUAUAAGACGUAAAACCCAGUUGGGUGGAACUGAUGUAAAGUAUAAUUGCGAAUAGCGUUUGCACAGUAUGGACAAAAAUUAUAUAGGUAACCAAGAACUGAUAGUUCUGGCUGCCUGACUGACAGCUCUAAAAGCGACUAUAAAUAGGAUGGUGCAAAAGGAAUCUGAUCUGACACGUGCAGCAAUCAACAAAACAAAUCCUGGUAAUACGAUUUGGACACAAUGAAACAUACAGUAGUGAUGGUGCGCAACAAUAAAUAUAACUUUUCACUGUGGACAUCUAGAGUGCGUAGAAUCCAUGGGAAAAAACACUUGUGACCCGGAUGGCAGGUAAGUAUUCUUUAUUUGAAUAAAAUUAAAAACAAAAGUGCUAGAUAGAGUUCUUGGUCUGCUCUCCAGCCUCAGGAAACCGAAAGGCAACUGCAAUAUACACACAAAAUUUAAAGUCCUUCGGAUUUCUUAUUCCCGGCUUUUCCUGCUGACCUGAAUUCACUUCCUGACUCCGGAUCAGUGACGCGUUUCGCCCCUCCCUUAGGGGCUUUGUCAAACAGAUUGUGUAUCCUCCCACUUCCCUCUGUCAUAUAUACAAGGGUUUGUGAUCCAAUUCACAAAAAAAGUCCUUCUGCACAGAGUCUCUUAAUUGUUCUUUAAUGGUUAAACAGCAUCACUGAUCCCAAUGCUAAAUAACAUAUAUUUUAAAGUAAAAAGAUUAACAGAAAUACCUUGGUAAUUCCUUGUAAAAGACAAAGUGCAGGGAUGUCAAUAUUUAUGUGCAAAAAACAUACUCAUAAAUAUCUUUAAAAGUGUGUAGAAAAUAAAAAAAGUAAAAACAUACAUAUAAAAUAGGACCCUAAUAAGAAUACAUAUAGAAUAAUAAAUCAGUUUAAAGGACCACUCUAGGCACCCAGACCACUUCAGCUUAAUGAAGUGGUCUGGGUGCCAGGUCCCUCUAGGAUUAACUCAUUUUUUUUUAUAAACAUAGCAGUUUCAGAGAAACUGCUAUGUUUAUAAAUGGGUUAAUCCAGCCUCUAAAGCCUCUAGGGCACCCUCAGGGCACUAUAGUGCCAGGAAAACGAGUAUGUUUUCCUGGCACUAUAGUGGUCCUUUAAAAGUAGAACAUCUAGAUCUGAGGAGAAAGAUACAUAAUCCAUAUAUAUAUAUAUAUAUAAAAGGGCAUAUGUAAAACAAUCCAUCUGUUAUAUGAAUAAAAUAUGUCAGAUAUAACAAUCCUUUGAAAAUCUGAAUAGGGGUGGAUUGUCUAAAUCAAAUCUUAAUGAAUAACAUUAUAAUUUGUAAGCAGCUAAAAAAUCUUAAUAAAUACAAAAAUAAACCCUAAAAACACUCAUAUCAUAAAUACUAAAUUCUAAAAACUGGAAGGAGAAAAAAGUAAAAAAAAAGAGAAAAAGAUAUAUAAAAAGAUAAAAAAUAAAAAUUAUAGAAAAUUCCAAAGUUUAAAAUCUUUGUUAAGACCGGACAGAGUGAAUGAUUCCAUUUGAAAAAUCCAUUUCAUCUCCUCCUAUCCGAUCUUACGAAUAAAAUCCCCUCCUCUCCAAUCUCCCUGUACUUUCUUAGUGCUUAUAAAUUCUAAUCCUUUUGGAUCUUGCCCACGUGCUUUCUUAAAAUGCUCUGAGACACUGUGGCUCUCUACUCCCUUUUUUAUAUUAUAAAUAUGCUCUCUUAUUCCAUGCUAUGGCAAGUAAUGUGUUCUUUGAUCUUGUACUCCUGUGUUCUUUCUGAUUUCAACUUUGCCACUCCAUUUCCUUGUAAAUAUCCCAUAUUCUUACAAGCACAGCAUAUCUUACAUCUGUAGAAUCCAAUGGGAUCCCCAUUGUUUUUCUGGGUUUUUCUUUUAGGUAGAUAAGUACUAGAUUACUUAUUAAACUCAGAGCACCUCAAAAGGUAAUCCUGGGUUUUAAUGGAAGUAGCUCAAUUGAUCUCUGUCAGUUUUUAAUAUAGGCCAAAAUGUAUCAAUAGUUUUUUUUCAAGCAUUUAUGUUGAUUAUUAAAAUAAAAAACUAACACUUCAUUAAAAAUGUCCUGGUCUUUUAUCUUUACUCCUUUUGGAUCAAAUCCGUUUGUGUAAUUGGCUUCACUUCAUUGUAAGCUUUUUGCCAGAAUGUCUUCUGGAUAAGAUUGCUCCUUAAAUUUACACAAAUGAUCCUCAGCAUGUUGAUGGAACACUGCUUCCUCUGUACAAUUUCGUUUUUAGCUUAAGUAAUUGGCCCUUUGGUAUAUUGUUAAGCCAAGGGGAGUAGUGCCCAGUGUGAUAUGAAACAUUUUGAAGAAAGUUUGUGUUUUGAGGACUCCAUUUUCCACAUAAAUUUUAAAAUCUAAAAAGUCAAUACAUAAAGUGCUAAUAUUACUCGUGAGAUGCAUGCCCCAGCUAUUAUCUUUAAGAUAUCUUUAAAAAUCUCCAAAACUAUCCUCUGUUCCUUCCCAAAUAAAAAUCAUAUCAUCGAUAUAACGGCGAUACCUGUGCACUCGAACUAUGCGCACCAGAAAUGAACGAGUUCUCCAGAUGUGCCAUAAAAAUGUUUGCAUAGCUGGAUGCAUAAGUACUGCCCAUCGCCGUUCCUCUCUUCUGCAGAAAAAAAAAAGAAUCAAACCAAAAAUAAUUAUUAUCCAAAGUCCAUCUGAUACACUCUAUUAAAAAAAUCAAUUUGUCCAGGUGGUAAUGUUGAUCUUGUUCUAAGACAUAUUUGACUGCUGCACACCCUUUAUCAUGUGGUGUACAUGUAUAUAGAGAGGUAACAUCACAGAUUAUGAAGGUCCCUAUGCACUUUUGGAAGGAUAUGGAAAACUGGGGUUCUAGGUGACUUAAUAUUUAAAAAUUCAUAUUCCUUUGGUUUUCAAAAUCCCCUCCAUUUUUCCUGUAUCCAAAAGUACCGAUAGAAUCUCCUCAUCUUACUCAGUGGAUCUCCAUUAAGCCUUGUAUAAACCUCAGUAUCCUCUAAUUGGCGUGCACAUUCUGCCAAAUAUUUCUCAGUAUCCAUUAUAACCAAACUACUGCCUUUAUCUGCGGGCUUGAUGACAAUGCGAUCAUUUUCUCUCAGUCCUCUAUGAGGACUUCAUGUGUAAGGUUCCAAUUUUUAUUCUUUCUCCCAAAUUUUCAAACGCCUCUUUGCUACUGUGUUUAAGAUGACUUGGAUCAACGUUUGAUCUAUUCUGAAAAGAUGUGUGUUUAAAAAUAUCUGUCUCAUCUAACCUUUGUUCUGCAUUAAAUUUUCUUUUCUUUUUUUUAAAUUUUAAUACCUAGUCUCAGUCCAUAUUUCAUAAGGUCAAUGUAUGCAGAGAACGGAUUAAAGUGCCUCAUGGGUGCAAAUUUUAAGCCUUUAUUAAGGACUUGUAUUUCAUUAAUAUUUAGGGGGUGUGAGGCGAUAUUAUUGAUACCCAUUGGAACUACCGAUUGUACCUUUUCUCUUUUCUUCUGUUUUCCUCCUCUGCAUCCCCAAAACGUAUUUUCCUAUAGGAAAUUCGUUCCUCCUCGGUUCUGUGUCUAAAAAAUCCUGUUCUGUAUUUUCGUUCCUCAGGACUUCAAACCUAUUAUAGGAAGCAUUUUUUCUAGGACUCACAAAUCUCCUUGACUUGCCAUCAUCUUAUUGUUUUUUUAGGGGAUUGCAUUCUCUCAUUAUAUCUCCUAUGUCUGGGUCUUACUUCUACCCACGCUUCCUUUCUAUUCCCUGCUUAUUAGAUUUAAAUUCUCCUACCUGUGGUUUCAAACUCCUGUUGCGGAAUUCUGUUCUGAAAUUUGUUGCUAUUAGUAUACCUCUUGGUAUUCAUAUCUACUUUAUAUCUUGAGUAGUCUUUCCUAAUGGACUUUUCUUUUCUAAAAUUUCUUACUCUUCCUUCAUUAUAAACUUUCUUUAACUUUUCUUUAAUCUCCCUCUCUAGCUUAUCUAUGCUAUUUUUGGUCCUCUCUGAUAAUUCAUCAAAGUCCUCUGUCCCCACACAUGGUUGUAGGUUUUGUCGUAUAACAUGUAUUUCCUCGUCUAUUUUGGAAAUUGAUUCUGAUCUACGAGCUGUAAGUAUAUUCAUACAUUCAAAUGAGAAGCGCUCCAAAGCUUCAUCCCAGAUUCUGGAGUAUUUCUAAUUUUCUUUUUCAAACGUGGUAGUUUUAAAGAAGUGUAAGCCUCUUGGUGUAAUUUUUUUCAGCUAGAUACCUCUCCAUUGUGGCAAUCUCCCACUUAUAUUUGGUUUCUUUGAGAAGCAAUUUGACUGCUCUGGUGCUGGUUUAGAGUGGCAGUAAAAAUCUUCAGUUCUUUCUAAGCCCCUCUCAUAGCUGAGAAUUGGCAAAUGGCCCUCUAUGAACCAUCAACCUUGCAGUUAUGCAAAGUUUUGAUGGUGACUACAGCGUCCCUUUAAGUGAAUGGCAUAACUAACAAGGUUAUUCCCUAAAGUAGGAAUUCAAGCUGAUUGUCAAAUUCAUGGUCAAGAGAGAAAAAAAAUCUUCAAAUCAGCUAUGCUUCUAGUUCAGCUAUUUUUAAUUACUUUUCAUUUUACUUUAGUGAUAGCCCUGCCAAAAUUACUUUUGGCUUGUUAGCUAAGUGCUGAGCAGCACCUCUCUCCAAAACAUUACAGUAUGUGAAGCUAGCCCUCCUUUCUCAAACUGAGAUAAAAUUUGUAUUUAUUCUCUGACACCCAUUCAGAGACUCUGUAUAAACUUUUCAUCAUCAAUAAGCUGUGUGCCCCCCUCCCUGUCUAUCCCUGCUCAUUCUCAAUAUUCGUUUCUGGAAUCUCCCUAUUCAGGAGCCAAUCGAUUCGCUCGGACGCUCUACUAGUCCACACUAUCUCCUGUCCAGUAUCCCUGCUCCGAUCGAUUCACUCGGCCGCUCUACUAGUCCGGUCUGUCUCCAGUCCAGUAUCCCUGCUCCCUCCUCCCUGUAGCUCCCCGGCGCCUGGCAACCGAGCGGCGCAGAGCGUGGGGCCGACUGGCAUCAGCCAAACCGGAAACGGGCUGCGGCAGCGAGCAGGAGCCCACCCAGGUGAGAGCACCGUCUGUAUUCCAUUCACUUACUGUAUAUGUAGCGCACGGUGUGUGUGCAGGCAGCCAUGCAUCAUACGGGGCGGGCAGCACUGGCUGUAACGCCGCUCACCCUGUAUGUGAGUGUCUGUGAGGGCAGGGAGAUGUACUUACAUCAUUCAUGUCAUACAGUCUGGGUCUAUUAUUCACAUUAUAAUAAUAAUCCGUGUCAUACAGUCUGGGUCUAUUAUUCACAUUAUAAUAAUAAUCCGUGUCAUACAGUCUGGGUAUGGGGUGCAGGGGGAUAGGCAGCAAUCAGCAGCUCCCUGUGGGUAUUAUGGGGUGUGGGCGCCAUACAGCUACUAAUGAUCCCUGAAUAAUGUCCCGUAGGUAAUGUGUGGUAGAGAGUGAUAGUGGUCAGUAACGGUUAGUUAUGAUUAUUAAUGGUUAUUAGUAGUCUGUAAUGGUUAUAAGUGGUCAGUAAUGGUUAUAAGUGGUCAGUAAUGGUUGUUAGUGGUCAGUAAUGGUUAUUAGUAGUCUGUAAUGGUUAUAAGUGGUCAGUAAUGGUUGUUAGUGGUCAGUAAUGGUUAUUAGUAGUCUGUAAUGGUUAUAAGUGGUCAGUAAUGGUUGUUAGUGGUCAGUAAUGGUUAUUAGUAGUCAGUAAUGGUUAUUAGUAGUCAGUAAUGGUUAUUAGUGGUCAGUAAUGGUUAUUAGUGGUUAGUGGUCAGUAAUGGUUAUUAGUAGUCUGUAAUGGUUAUUAGUGGUUAGUGGUCAGUAAUGGUUAUUAGUAGUCAGUAAUGGUUAUUAAUGGUUAGUGGUCAGUAGUGGUUAGUGGUCAGUAAUGGUUAUUAAUGGUUAGUGGUCAGUAGUGGUCAGUAAUGGUUAUUAAUGGUUAGUGGUCAGUAAUGGUUAUUAAUGGUUAGUGGUCGGUAAUGGUUAUUAAUGGUUAGUGGUCAGUAAUGGUUAUUAGUGGUUUAGUAAUGGUUAUUAAUGGUCAGAUCAUGUAAUAGUCGGUGCCCAUUGAGCAAUGUGGGAUGGUGAUUCAGUCACAGUGCAUGUUUGGGGCCCCACUUGCAUUGUAUCUAGGUGUGUUAAUGCAUACAUUGUUUCAGGUCAGGGUUACUAUGGCCCUCCAGUUGUUUGGGGUUGUAGUCCAAUGACUGCUGAGCUGUCACAAUAACACAAUGUUGUUUUUCCAUGAAGUGCAGAUUAUGGAUCAUUUUAAGACAAAAUUGUUGAAAUUGAUUUCUCUACUUAAUCUGUUUUGGCUUAAAAUGUCAAAUUCAUGUGUCAAUUCUCAACAUUUUACACUUCACGGAAUAAAGCACUAAAGGGUGACCAGAUCAGUUAUGAUGUUGCUUUUUCAUUUAUCUUUAAAUUAAUUUUACAUAUGAUGACAGUCAAUGACAGUUUUACGCCAUAUAAUGUCUUUCCCAACCUGCAGUGUGUGUGUACGUUCUUGCUCAGUAAACACACUGGUGCACAUGAUGUCAUGACCUGGGUUUCUAGGAGUUAAAAUUCAGCUUUUCUUAGUACAUUGCAGACAGUUGAACUACAACAAAUUGAAACACGUCCUAUGCCGAUAAACACUGCUUAUCAGAUCACUUCAUGCUAGAAAGAGUUCUACAAUCAUCAUGAUUGGUUAUUACUGUUUGACUUGGUGAGAGCUUAUUUUAGAACCUGCAAGAAUUUGAAUUUGCAGCAAAACUUCAAAUAUGAGUAUACUUAUCAUUAUCAUAAUGUAAUGCUUUUGUUUAUAUUAAAGGGACACUCCAGGCACCCAGACCACUUAUGCCCAUUGGAGUGGUCUGGGUGCCAACUCCCACUACUCUUAACCCUGCAACUGUAAUUAUUGCAGUUUUUAUAAACUGCAAUCAUUACCUUGCAGGGUUAACUCCACCUCUAGUGGCUGUCUACUAGACAGCCACUAGAGGGCACUUCCUGAUUCGUCGCUCAAUUCCCCAUAGGAAAGCAUUGAAAAUCUUUUUCAAUGCUUUCCUAUGGGGAGCCCUAAUGCGCGUGCAGUCUCGCCCCCCGGCUGACGUGAUUACUGGGAGGAAAGACGCCGGCCCGAAACCACCGCCGAGGGACAUCGGUGACGUCUCAGGUAAGUGACCUGAAGGGGUUUUCACUCCUUCAACUACCUGGGAUGGGAGGUAAGAGGGAGAGAGGGUACCUGCAGUGCCAGGAAAACGGAUUGUUUUUUCCUGGCACUGGAGUUUCCCUUUAAUGCAUCAACUUUGUAGAAAAGGAUAGUCAGUUCCAGCCUAGAGUGUAUCUUUAAUGUUUGUAUGACCUGUAGAUGAAGAGCACAUACAGCAUUAUCAAACUAUAGGGAAUUGGCAUAGAGAUGGUACAUUUUUGGUCUAAUUAACAAGGCUACAAAAUAUUUUAUCCCCAGAAAAACCACAGCUUAUUGUAUUUGUUCUGGUGAGUAUACGCAUACCCUUCAGUUUUUGUUGCAGAAAACACUGUCCUUUCAGAGAAAAUGCAGUAUUUACAUUACAGCCUAGAGAUACCUCCAGUGACCACUCUUCAGAUAGCUUCUAGAGGUGCUUCCUGGGGCAGUGUGCAACAUUCAGUGUCUCCACCCUCUGCAUGGAGACACUGAACAUUCCUUCUAGCGAUGCAUUGAUGCAAUGUAUCUCUAUGAGAUGUUGAUUGGCCAGGGCUGUGUUUGGAUUGUGCUGGCUCUGCCCCAAUCUCAGCCAAUCCAAUGCUUUCCUGUGGGAAAGCAUUGUGAUUGGCUGAGAUCACCACUUAUGAUUAUGUCAGCCAAUUAUGCAAAUCAGAGGCAGGGCUAGUACCAGCAGACUGGAAUAAAGGUAACAUUUUACUAUAUUUAGGGGGGGCAAUGAGAGGAUAGAUAGUGGUUUUUAAACACUAUAGGUCCAGGAAUACAUGUUUUGCUCCUGACCCUAUAGUGUUUCUUAAAUAUACAAAUCUUUUUUUGUUCACAAAUCCUGUUUUGGCAAAGAAAAUGUACAGUGAUUGUAUUAUUUAGUAAACAAAAGUAAAAACAGAAGGGGCAGUGCCACAGAGCAGACAUACCUAAGGUACAGUAGGAAACAACUUAGGAAAAAAAAAUAUAUAUAAAUGGUCAUAUAUAUGGAAAUGUCCUGAUUAUAGAGUCAAGAGAGGGAAAGACCGAAACUAGUAUUCCAAUAUGGAUGCAGAUAGAAAAAGAAACGACAAAUAGUACUCACAGUUUAAAAUACCAGGAAUAUGGAUGGUGAAUAAUUUACUCACUUGUUCCAGAACAGGCAAACUGCUCUAUGGAUAGGGCGUGGGUAAAAUAAUCCCCACCGGGGAUAUUGCUUGGAAGUGAUGUUCACUGGAAAUAAAAUCAGGUGCCAGACAGUACAUGAUAAAAAUAGUUUUAAAAAGUAACAAAAAUAAAAUGUAUGAUAAGAGUAAAAUGGCACAGGAAGUAACCAAAAUACCUUUAUUCAUACAAAUAUAAAAUAUCCAGAUAAAAACCACAAUGCAUUUCACCUUAAAAGGCUUUUUCAAGUGGCGGUAAGAAAAAACUGACCUGGUUUGUUAGGGUUUAGAAAUGGAGUGUGGGUAAUUACCUAAAAUACGAUUAUGGCUCCAAAAUGAUGUCAUAUAAGGGUGAAAAAAAAGAAACAGGAGUUUCUGUUUCCUGUACCCGGUCGGACUGACAGGAAGGUGCACACUGAGCGUGCACCUUCCUAUCACUCCGGCCGGCCACCGCGGACAGCAGAGCAGCUCGGCCACGCGGGAGGGGAGGGGAGUAAAAAGAGAGUGGGGGGGAGUAAGAAGAGGGGGGGAAGAAGGGGGGAGAGUAGAAGAGGGGGGGUAAGAAGAGGGAGGGAGUAGAAAGGGGGUAAGAAGAGGGAGAGGGUAAGAAGGGGAGGGAGUAAGAAAGGGGUUAAGAAGAGGGAGAGGGGUAAGAAGAGGGGGUAGAAGAGGGGGGAGAGGGGAGUAAGAAAGGGGGUAAGAAGAGGGGGAGUAAGAAGGGGGUAAGAGGGGGAAGGGGAAGUAAGUAGAGGGGGGGUAAGAAGAGGGGGAGGGGGCAGUAAGAAGGGGGUAAGAAGUUCUUUAUUUGAAAUUUAAGUUUUUUUCCCCCCUGAAAUUUCCUUCUUAAAAUGAGGUGCGUGUUAUACGCCGGUGCGUGUUAUACGCCGAUAAAUACGGUAUAUAUUUUAUACUCACUGCCAGUACAUACUGGACCAUCAUCUCCUUUCUUUUUCCAUAUACGGAUUCACUGCUGAUCAUCUUUAACAUCCCCCAUAGAAGAAUCCUUCCCAUGCCUCCGGAUACCACCCCUGGCUAAUGUACAUUUACAUUCAUAUUGGAAUAUUAGUUUUGGACUUUUCCUACUACUGGACUCUAUAAUCAGGACAUUUCCGUAUAUAUAACCAUUUUUUUUAUUUUUUUAUUAAGUGUUCUUGCAUAGCAAGACCACUUAAUGUUAUCUCACAUAUAUAUUAUUAUUAUUAUUAUUAUAGCAAAAUUUGCCACCCUAACUCCUCCCACAGUUUUUACACUACAUAGACAAAAAUUUGCCAAAACGUGCAGAUUGUUCCCGAUCGGAUUGCUAUUACUUUGUGGAACGUUUCGCCGAAUGGUUCACGGAAUAUCGUCGUUCUUGUGGCGAAAUUUGUCCCAUAGGAAUGAAUGGCAAAGCUAGAGUGGAGCUGGUAAAAGCUGAAAAAUCAGGACAUGAUUUCUAAACUGCCACCACUCCCUUAUUUUCAGGCCCACCUACACAAAUCUUAUAUCAAAACGUUCAGCUAUCCCUGCUGCCACUAAACAUGUCAACGGCUAAGCCAUAGUCCUGAUAGUUUUCACAAUAUAAUCAUUUGUUUGCAACUAACGCCGCCCAUUGACAUUCAUUGAAACUUCACUCUACAAAGCUCAAAUUUGAAGUGCAAUUUCUAAACUGCGACUGUGCCUUCAAUUUUAAUACUUCAGAGACAUACUAUGCAUCAAAUGUAGGUCUGGGUCUUGUGAUUCUCACAAUAUAAAGCUCUUCACUGUAGGAGUUAUAGUUUUUAAGAUACGACCGUUUGAAGAUGGCAACUACCAAAAUACUCUGACCUGUGUCAAGCUGCAGCAGCAAGUGAUGUCAUAGACAGGGCCUUUUGAACACCUGCUAAUGUUUUUAUAAAUGUAUGGUUUAAUGUAACUGUGCAACAACGUUGCAAUUAAAUGUGCUAUGUAAAUGAUAACAGUUACUCCGCCCACUCCAGUUGUAGACUACAGGUGGAGGCAAGAACACUUCACACAAUUUCCCCAGAAAUUGUAACUUUUCUAGUUUAUAUAUAUUUUUUCCUUUCUAAGUUGUUUCCUACUGUAACUUUCUGCUCUGUGUUGCUGCCCCUUUUGUUGUUUUUACUUUUGUUUACUGUCUCCACAAGCGGGGAAAAGGGAUUCCCACUUAUGGGGUUAGCUGCCUCCCAAUAUAUUAUUUCUAGCAGGUGUUGUCAGUGCUGUCCCUUUCCCUGUAUUAUUUACCAAUUUAAAUAUUUAUCCUUAGCAGGGCCAGAUUAAGAGCCUAGUGGGCCUGGUGCUGACAAUUAUGAGGGGCUUAAUUACAGAAUCUUAUUGAUCAAAAACACUAAAACAGUCAUACCUCUCAAGCGUUAUAUAUCUGAUGGCGAUGUUGCCGGAGAGAAACUCAUAGGAUGCAGCUAUAAAAAAAACUCAGAUUAUCUUAAAAUAUGCUAAUCUCUCUCUGAUUCAUGCUUUCAAGUAAAUCCAUACCCCCUAACAGCAGUGUCCAGUGAAGCAAGAAGUCAAUGGACAGUGUAAAAGGGUGUGCCACUGGCACAGAUCAUGUAACCAGAACUUCUGAAAUGGCCGAACAUGCCCAAAAAGAAGGCGUGUCUGCCCAAAGAAUUGGAAGGCUAGCCUGGCAUAAAUGCAUGUCAGGCUACUUGCCAAUCAUGCAUCCUGGCCAACAGCAUCCUGAGCUUGGUAUAAAUGCGUCUAAUGAUGCGCUUGAUCCAUGCUUUCUAAGGACUGUCCCCUAGCACUCACAUGUCCACUUGUCUCCUUACCUUCUUACUAGUAGGCAGUGGCUCCUGGUAUACAGUCUGAGACAGAGAAAAUGUGGAUGAAGUGAGUGUAGAAGAAAGGGAACAUGCCAGAGUGUCCGAGAGAAGCCAAAGCCAGCAUUACCUUAACUAAUUUCAUUUCUGCUAGUCCACACAAGGUUUGCUUCCAUAUAUCCAUCUAAAGUUUCCAUACUUAAGCAAGAGUAUGUGAAGAGUGGUUAGGGUUGCCACCUUUCUUGGAAAAAAAAAAUACAGGCCUUACUCAUAUGCAUAACUAAUUAUGUGUUUGUGACAUCACAUGAUGUAAAUCACAAGGUGUGACAGAGAAAAUUUUGUGAAAUCACCAAAAACCUACUUACAGUUUGAUUCUGCCAUAUAGAUGGAUUGUUCCCAGUUUCUCCCAGUGUCCCCAUGUCACCCAGUGUCCUCUAGUGUCUGUGUCCCCAUUGCUCCAUGUGUACCCAUGUCACUAGGGACACAGACACUUGGGGAUACUGGGAGACUUGGGGGACACUGAGACUAUGUAUCACAGUGUCUCAGUGCCCCAUGUCUCCUAGUGUCCCCAUAUCACUAGGGGACACUGGGAGACAUGGGGACACUGAGACACUAGGGAUACUGGGAGACAUGGGGACACUGAGACACUAGGGAUACUGGGAGACAUGGGGACACUGAGAUACCAGGGACACUGGCUGGGAGACAUGAGACACUAGGGACACAAUGUCCCUAAGUCUCCCAGCGUCCCCAUGUGUGUCUGUUUCCACAUGUCUCCCAGCAUCCCCUAGUUUGUCUGUGUCCCCGUGUCUCCAAGUGUCUCAGCGUCCCCAGAGAUCUCCCUGUUUCCCCGUGUCUGUGUCCCCAUGUCUUCCUGCAGCCUUUACCCCAUCCCUCAUUUCCCUGAGCUGUAGGCUGUCUCAGGCUGGAAGCUUCUGUCUGGAUUCUCUGUGCUGUAUAGCUGCUCUCCGCAGAUCAGGGAGUAGAAAGAUGCAGGUGCAUGAUGUAAUUUCCUAUCCCAGCCUCUUUCCACACACACAGUAACCCCUACUGGCCGGUAAUGGUAUUGCAGAGUAAUCUCUGUUUAUAAUGAGAAAAUUACGGGCAUUUGAAUUGCCGGUAUUACCGCAAUAUCGACAUCGGCCAGGCAGACUCAAAUAAAUACCAGCGAGGUGGCAACCCUAAGAGUAGUGUGUUUUAAAAAAGCUCCACUGUAAAUCUUGCGAGAGCCGCGGGGAACGCUCCGCGCGGCCGCGAGACUUACAGUGGAGGCGAAGGGAGCUGACCGGACUGGAGGAGAGAGAAGGGAGCUGACAGGAGCUGCAGGAAAGGUAAGUUACAGCUCGGUGCCAGCCCCCCUCCUACACAGUGCACACCACUGGAUCACCAGGGAGUGAGAGACCCCCUCCCAGGCCAGCUAACAAGCAGGGAGGGGGGAUGAAAAAAUAUAUAAAUAAAAAAUGUAAUAAUAUUAAAAUAAUAAUAUGCAUCUCAUACACACACACACUGCAUUCAUACUCAUAUAUACACACACACACACUGCAUUCAUUAUAUACACACACUGUAAAUAAAUAUUCAAUUAAUAUAAUUUUUUUGGUCUAAUUUUAUUUACAAAUUUACCAGUAGCUGCUGCAUUUCCCACCCUAGUCUUAUACUCGAGUCAAUAAGUUUUCCCAUUUUUUGGGGGGUAAAAUUAGGGGUCUCGACUUAUACUCGACUUAUAUACUUAUAUUUAUUUUUACGAAAUCAGCUGUUUGCCUGCAUUUUGCAAUUUCUUUUUCAAUUCACUGUUUUAACGAAUAAUCCUCUUACCUUCGUAUGUCAGGAUUGUAAGUUACUUGUCAAUCCACACAUUACACCAGCAUUUUUUUUCCAUAAGCCUAAAAAAAUAUUUAAUUAAAAGGGUUCCUCCACUAAAUAAAAUGAAGUGUACUAUAUUUGUCAUAACCACAGAUAAUGGUAGUGGUUAUGCUGCAAAGAGUCUGUAGUUGUUGUGUUCAAAGUGGUUUGACAGAAAGUAGGGCAUUACAGCAUCUGUCGCUUGCCCCCUCUGCUGUGGUUCAGGUACUGAAGAAUUGAACUAUCUUGGAAGUCCAUCCAAAUGUGAGUUCGGAAAGCACAUUCAGCCUAUAUUUUUAUAUCCAGGGUGGGACAGUCUACUUUCACCUCACUAAGUUGCAGCAAAAGGGCCAAGAUGAAGAUGUUAUAACGGUUUGAUUCAAACACAGAAGAUGUCUACAGACUCUUUAUACCAUAACCACUACAGAGAGAUGUCUAGAAGUGCCUGUUUCACUUGCGAUGGCUGAUGUGAGGUGGUAAAUAGCAAGUCGAAAAAGUUUGAAGCUUCGCCUUUUUUUUUUUUUUUUUAACUAGAAUUGACUCGUGCAUAAAGCAGUCUUUGUAUUGCAUUGGGAUUUCAAUCAAAUUCCAGUAUAGUCUUUGAGUUUUACAGUAAAUGGCUGCAUAAGCACCAUAAUCUCUACUGUGUGUUGUCCCUCAGUUAUAUAUCAAAACGUUUAGAAAUGUUUUUUUAUUUUUAUAAACCAAGAAUCUUGGCAGUGUUGAAGAACUACCCCUUUCUUUGCUGAACUGAUGAUGUGGAAUUAGCACUUAGCACUGACAUUAUCAAUGUCAAAUAUAUCCAACCUGUACAACCUUGGUUGGGAGUGGUUAGCCUAGUGCUCUCAGCCAAUAAGUAUUUCCCAGUUUGGACAAACUUGCGCUGAAAAUAUGGAAGUGUUAAUUCUCUACUAGUAAUGCAACUGAAAUGAGGACAGUUCUUUUGCUAAGACCAUCCAUUGUUGUUGUUUUUUAAAUUUUUAUUUUUUUUCUUCAAAGUGUUCUUAAAGGUGUGCUAUAGUCACCCAGAUCACUUUAUCUAGUGGUCUGGGUACAGUGUCCCAGUCUCAUUUAGUCCUGCAAUGUAAAUCAUGCAGUUUUUGAGAGUGCAAUUAUCUGGCAGAGCUAAAACAGCCUCUUGUGGCUGUCAGACAACCACUAGAGGCACUUCCUGUCAUGUUGUAUUAAAAUCUGCAAUAAUUGAGCAAUUUUCAAUGUUAGAAGAGGCUGGCAAGUUAACGAGGUAAGUUGAAAGUGGUAAAAAUAUCACACACAAUUUCCCUCGGAACUAAAAUUAUUGUGGGACUGUACACAAAUGCAAUCCUUCACUCACGCAAUGCACUCUGUAUACAGCUGUGUAUUUAAUGGCGUGUCACUUCUAAUGGCGUGUCACACCUGUUUACAUGCCAGUUGACACACCAUACAAAUACAGACACACAUUCACAUUAUUCAGCAGAAUGGUCUGGACUUUAUUGCAGGCCCAUCUGACUCUAAUAUAUCUCUCUCCCAUAACCGUAGCUAAAACUUAUCUGGCCUCAGAACUACACAGAACUCGACUAUUUCUAACUGGAUGGCUGCUCACUACCUUAAACGUAACCUGUCCAAAACAGAACUUCUUUCCUCCCUCAAGUGCUGCUACUUCUGUGUCUGUCUCCCUCAAAGUCAAUGGAACUACCAACAGCUCUACCUUGCAGGCUCGCUGCCUAGGUGUUCUCUUUGACUCUAACCUCGCCUUCACCCCUCAUAUUCAGUCAAUCACCAAAUCCUGCCCCUUCCAUCUCAAAAACACAGGGCACAUCCGCUCCUAUUUAACGCCAGAGUCAGCUAAGGUGCUUGUUCAUGCCGCUGUCUUCUCUUGCCCUGACUACUGCAACCCGUUUCUCCGUGGUCUUAUGUGUUCCCAAUUUUUCCCACUAUAGUAAUUGAAGUGAAACAGCCUGUUUGCUUGCACCUACCACGCCUCCCCCUCUGUCAGUACCUACAUUGGCUUCCGCUAAGAUAUAGGGCUCAAUUUAAAAUUCUGAAACUUGCUUACAAGUUUUACUUGCAUCCCAUCCGCCAAAGGCCUGCGUCUAUCCUCUGUCUGUGCUUGUACCUCUUAAUCUCACCUUAAAGCCUUCUCUAAGGCUGUACUGUUCCUAUGGAACUUUCUUCCCUGUUCCGUUAGACUCUCACAGACUCACUGUUCCUUCAAAAUAAAAUCAUUGAAAACUCGCUUCUUCAGGAAAAGAUAUCAAUUAAAGGACCACUAUAGUGCCCUGAGGUAGCCCCCACUCUCAGGGACCCCUUCCUGCCGGGCUCUGGAGAGAGGAAAGGGUGUAAGUGUGUUCUUAUUGCAUUAAACUUAGAAGGGGUUAAAUUUACCUCUUUUUUUCAGCGCCGGGCGGGGUACUCUCCUCCUCAAGAGUCGCGCGUGCAUUCAGCCAGUCCAUAGGAAAGCAUUCACAGUGAGAAGCGCCUCUAGCGGCUGUCAAUGAGACAGCCACUAGAGGCUGGAUUAACCCUAUUAUAAACAUAGCAGUUUCUCUGACCAGACCACUUCAUUAAGCUUAAGUGGUCUGGGUGCCUAUAUUGGUCCUUUAAAGUUUUAAUAGCUUUCCUUCCCAAACCUUGGCAACCCUCCUUGCUUCCUCUCCUGUAACUAUCGUCCAAAAAAAUUUAAGCUUUUUGAACAGAAUACCCAAUACCCUCUGUUCCUGUGCAUCCAACUUGUCUAAUUACAAAUGCUCAUCUGUUAGUCAACCCAUUAUACAGCGCUGUGGAAUUUGUUAGCGCUCGAUAAAUAAUCAUUUUGGUGCACUAUCCAAGGUUUGUUCUAUAGCGUUUCACAUUUUGGGCCAUCAAGAUGUGGAAUAAGCCCCCAUAAAGAGUGGCAAAAUCCUCCUAUUAUGCUCCAGGUAUACUUUGAUGCCCAGUGCCAAAAUGUUACAAUGAGACAAUGGUCAUGCUCUGGUUUAUUUUCAUGGUAUCAUAAGUAACUAUGAGUGCACAUGGCAUCAUUCGGUUGAGGAUAUCUUGUAUUGUAUGCCAGGUUGUGUUAUGAUUACCUGGCAUGCAGUGUUAAUCAAAAAAAAAUUUUUUUUUUUUUAGGAAUUGACAGUUUUAGAUUAUGUUUACAAAUUACUCACACUAAUUAAACAGAAACUAAGCUUGAAGUGCAACUCUUAAAAUGCACUGAAAAGAAAGCUAUACAAAUUUCCUCUUCACACCUUUCAGGACAGCUGGCAGCAUGGCUGAGAGGUGAUAGGAGGAGGGUGUGAGAUUUAGAUAAUGUUUAUCAUUCACAGACUAUAAUACAGUCCACCUCUAAACACAAUGACCUCUCUAUGACAACUCCAGCUUUCUCCACUUGGCUUCCUGUAACUCUAACUGUAACACAUGCUAAUCUGGGAAUGCAAAGAUGUUUUGUCUACUGACUUGUUCCACCUGGAGACCAUUGAUCUUCUAGGCGCUGUGAGCCUUAUUCAGAGGUAGCAGGGUAUUCAAUGUUAAGGAGCUGCUACGAAAUACAUAGGUAUUUGCUUCAUAUGAUCCUCUUAAUAACAACCACAAGACAGCCUUUAAUUUCAUACACAAACAGUAACUUGGAUUAACGGUAUGUGACUUGACAUAUAUGGUGUGUAUUGCAUAUACUCUAUGAAUUCUAAAAUAAUAAUUACAAUGAAUUCACAUAGUGCGAUCAAAUUCCAUAGCGCUGUACAAUAGGUAUUGUAAUAGUGUAUCGUGCAUUUUAUACAUUGUACACAUGGGGUAAUGAACUUUGCUUUGAUUGUCCUGUUUGGUGGUAUGUUUUCAUCAUAGUGUUAUCUAGAGAUUAAUUGGAAAGAUGUUUUUUUGUUUUAUGAUUUUGUUUUUUGACCAGCCCUGAAUUAGAAAAGGUUUUUGCUUUGUUUUACGGGUCCUUUUAUAUUUGUUACAUGAUAUUUUUGGCUACACGACAUGUUUUCUUCGGAUUCCUGUUUUACUUCAGCAGCUUGGAAAUACUGAAGUCAGAUGUGUCAACGCCCUGAACAUUUGCAGUGUGCAAAAAUACUUUUGUAAUGAGUUUGAGACAUCAAAAGGAGUAUCUAUGGCUGUUUUUAUUUUUUUUUAUUUUUUUACAUUAUUAAAACAACCGUAAGUAUUCAUGAAAAUAGCCCUUUAUUACAUUUCUUCAGUACUACCUUUUAAAGAUAUUUUAAAAUAUACGUCACUCUAUACUGCAGUGAUUUAGCUCACUUUUUAUAUUUAUUAACACAUUAAAGUUCCCAUCCUUGGCUUCCACUUUCUUUCUGAUCGGCUCUGCUCUGUAAGCACAUCAGCGAUUACUCAAGUGAGGCACAACCCCCCCUUUACAAUGACCUGUUGGUUUCACAGCCUGCACAUUAGCAUGUGAUAGAAAUUUGCAGUACCAUUUAAGUGCACUCUGUUAUUUGUGAAGGAGAGAAUUGCCUGGAGAAAUAUUCUCCUGCAUUUUACCCCUGCCUUGAGAAAGAUUCUCCUGCAUUGUACCUGUCAAUCACCUCUUGGAAUACCUGCAAUGCAAUUUUCAUACCUUUUUCUGCUGACAAUUGAUUUAACAGGUAGGUGGUUGGGACUAUUUUAUUUUUAUUUUAUUAAUAAACGCUAUAUGUUUACGGUCAUUUCUGCUAUCUCAAAGUACAGGUUAAAUUUAAUUGUGGUCAAAGUAAUAGCAAGUCAAUGUUUUUUUUUUUUGUCUUGUUUUUUUGUUUGUUUUUAAAUACUACCUUUUUGGGAAAUGUUACUGGAUUCCAUUUGCAGAUAGUGGUGGUUGCAUAUUUUAAAGCAGAUGUACAUUAAUUAUUAUAGAAAAUCCUUAUUUAUUGCUUGCAACUGACGUUUUCAAGUACGAAUAACCUCAAUAAUAGUAUUACAAGGUUUUUAUUUUAAUUAAUUAAAACGAUAGUUAACUCAAUACAUUUUUCUAGUCAUCUUAUAUUUACCUUUGCACAGAUAACCAUACUCUCUUUUGAUUUAUCUGGUAUACAUUGUAUAUUUGUGUGUGUGUGUGUGUGUGUGUGUGUGUGUGUGUGUAUAUAUAUAUAUAUGUGUAUAUAUAUGUAUGUGUGUGUAUAUAUAUAUAUAUAUAUAUAUAUAUAUAUAUAUAUAUAUAUAUAUUACUCCCCUGUGCCCUGCUUAGUGGAUCUGCAUUUUGCUACUGGCAGUCCCCUUCCACACAAAUCAGGAGAAAGGUACUGAUCUUAUCCCAUAAUCCUCCUUCCAACAGAAGAUUGGGGGAUAAUUUAUUUAUCCCUCAAAGAGCAGUUCCAAUCAUCCCACAGGAUAAUGCGAACUGCUUAAUUAACUGUUCUCUGUUUAGUGAACCAAGCUGUUCCCACUAUCUGUGAAAGAGAGAGAGACUUUCCUGGUGUGUGUGUGUGUGUCCUUCACACACGCAAUAGAGAUACCAUUGAUUCUGGAAACCUGGAACAUGUUAAAUGUUUGCCAGCCCUGUAAAGUUGCAGCACUUUUUACAAAUCAAUUCCACUAUAAUCCAUGAGAGUGAGUUCAGGGUGUUGUAAGCAUCAUGCAGUAUGCGUAGUUUGCAAUAAUACAAAGUACGUAGGGAAUUUCUUGUCUCCUGCACUAUUAAUAGUUUUCUUGACCUCGUAUAAACAUUAUAUGUAUGUUUAUGUGUCAAUAUAUAAAAUUGGAGAAACCCAUUAAGUAUUUAACGUCAUCAACUGCAACAUGUAGUGUUUCUUUAAUAUCCCAAUCUCAAACUGUAUGUUUAUCUUGCUGUUUGUCAGCUUUUAAGUUUCAUUGUUUUGUUGUUGUUGCUAGGGUUUUUUUUUCUACUUGAAAAGUCCUCCCAGUUAUAUAUUGGACAAAUGAGUGUGUUCAUUACGUAUGGAGUGAUGGAUUAGUAGAACAGUUGACCUGUUUGUCCUGCAUAGCUGAUACAAGUGUCAGUGGUGCCUACUUACCAUUUUUUUUCUUUCUUCAUUUAUAUGAGUGCUUAUAUCUUUGUUUGUUUACAGACACUCUAUUCUGACACCCUUCUUUAACCACUUUUGAACCACAUGAUUGUCGAAGCCGUCAUGCAGUGCUGGGUUUUAGAACGCCUUGCUGUCAAAGGACCAGCAGGGUUUCAUUUCUGCUGGUUCCAAUGAGUCCCAGUUAUCAUUGGAUACCUGAGAGUCCCCUCUGUCAGCUGGGGUCACAGUUAGAAACCUCAGACAGGUGAGCUAUGUACAGCACUCUAAGUGUGACUCAUAGUCCUUUUAUAUUCGUUUAAAUAUCACAGCUGUGCGAUCUCACACUUAUGUUGCAGUCACAGAGUACAGAGCGCUCAAAAAUUAUUAGAGGGAAGCUCGCUAUAGGCACCCAGACCACUUCAUCUCAUUGAAGUGGUUUGGGUGCAGUGUCCCUGUUCCCUAAAGCCUGCAACUAGUUGUGCUUCCUGCAGUUUCACAGAGUUUGAGUCCAUGAAACGACACUGGAUGUCCUCACAAUUUGCAUGAGUACAUUUAGCGUGUGAAAAACCCCAUAAUAAAGCAUUUAUUCAAUGCUUUCCUAUGAGGAAGGCCUAACGCAGUCUUGUCAUGCACGCACAUUCGUUUUCCGGGAUCUCGCUUAUGUCGGCAGAGGGUGAGACUGAUCAGGUUUAGUGUUUCCAAGUUGUUGUUUUUUUGUUUAAUCUUUUUACGAAUAUAUACAACUGGAGGGUAAGCACAAACUAUAUAUAACCCCCCUCCUACACUCCCAGUUGUAAAUAGUUUGUGCUUAUUUUAUGUUUAUGGCUAACUUUUCUUGUUGGCCUUAAUUAGCCAGAACCCCACUAAUAUUGGAGUGCAAGGCUCUUCUGUCUAUGCUUCUGAGGAUUUAUGUAUACUGUGAUAGUUUAUUACCUAACUAUUGUUUUCUACUGAUCUCUAUCUUCGCACAUAAAAAGAAAGAUAUCUGGUUUUAAGUGGAUAAUACUUGGACAUAUAUUUUCAUUACUUUGUGAUAGCGCAGUUAGCUAUUAACACUUAAUUCUGGUAAUUGAGUCUAAAAGGUAGAAAUUUUUUUUUAGGGAUAUUAUUACUUUAUAAGGGAUACAGUGCAUAACAAUGCUUCCCCUUUUUCCAGUGUAAGAAUUGAGGCAUCUUUUUACUUGCUUAUGGCUUUAUUUCCAUUUAUUAUGUAGCACUUGUACAACUCCAAUACAUUUAUAGUUAUUGUAUUCCAUAAUAUGUUAGUCUCACUUAUUUACUCCACAGACUUAUUAGUUUCUUUCUUUUUUGUUAUCGUAUGCCUAAUUUUAAUUACAUUUUAUUUUGAUUUCAAUUUAAGUAGGGACUUAUUAACCUAUUGCUCCAAUUAGGGGAUCAUUAAUUUCUUUUACUUUUUUGUAAAAUGGAAAAAAAGAAAAACAGGACACAUUCUUCCCACAUAUAGCACUUCAGCAAGCUCAAAUGCUUUAGGCGUUCGGAGUGUCCCUUUAAUUUAAAGGACCACUAUAGUGCCAGGGGACCCCCUCCCGCCCGGCUAUGCGAAGGGGAAAGGGGUAAUAACUUACCUUUUUCCAGCGCUGGGCGGGGAGCUCUUUGCCUCCGUUCCUCCUCCUGGGCUGAAUGCGCACGCGCGGCAAGAGCUGCGCGCGCAUUCAGCCCGUCGCAUAGGAAAGCAUUUACAAUGCUUUACCAAUGGACGCUUGCGUGCUCUCACUGUGAAAAUCACAGUGAGAAGCACGCAAGCGCCUCUAGUGGCUGUCAAUGAGACAGCCACUAGAGGCUUUGGGGGAAGGCUUAACCCAUUCAUAAACAUAGCAGUUUCUCUGAAACUGCUAUGUUUAUGAAAAAAUAGGUUAACCCUAGCUGGACCUGGCACCCAGACCACUUCAUUAAGCUGAAGUGGUCUGGGUGCCUAGAGUGGUCCUUUAAUUUUGAAACAGCAGUGUUGUAACAUACACAUUAAAAUUAUGUCAUGGCAAACACCAAGAUAAAUCUAAAUCCAUUUGUAGAAAAAUUGCACACCUAUAAAUAUAUGUUGAAAAUGUUUUCACAAUGUUAGCUGGUUCUGUACGGUUUGUAUGCAGCAUCUUUUUGCAUGAAUAACAAUAAUUGCAAUUUUUUUUUUUAAUGUUUUAUUAUGUAUAUUUUUUUUUAUUUUUUUUUUUUUAUUCUUUAUUUUAUUCGUGCAUAGAAUUAACAAGCAGUUUUGCACUGCCAUGACGGCUGGUACAAACAUAAAAGAAACAUGUGGUAACAGUAAUGUGGCAUAAGAAACAUUGCACAUUUUUUAUAUAAACAAGAUUAAGUCACUACGGUUGUUUUGUGAUUGUCAGAUUACAGGCUAUGCAUGUCAACAUCCAGUACAGGUUUCUAACUGCUUAAAGGACCACCCUAGGCACCCAGACCACUUCAGCUUAAUGAUGUGGUCUGGGUGCCAGGUCCCUCUAGGAUUAACGCUUUUUUUUAUAAACAUAGCAGUUUCAGAGAAACCUAUAAAGCCUCUAGUGGCUGUCUCAUUGACAGCCGCUAGAGGCGUUUGCGUGCUUCUCACUGUGAAAAUCACAGUGAGAAGACGCCAGCGUCCAUAGGAAAGCAUUAUGAAUGCUUUCCUAUGAGACCGGCUGAAUGCGCGCACAGCUCCUGCCGCGCAUGCGCAUUCAGCCGAAGAGGAGGAUCGGAGGAGGAGGAGAGCUCCCCGCCCGGCGCUGGAAAAAAGGUAAGUUUAAUGCAAUAAGAACACACUUACACCCUUUCCUCUCUCCAGAGCCCGGCGGGAGGGCGUCCCUGAGGGUGGGGGCACCCUCAGGGCACUAUAGUGCCAGGAAAACGAGUAUGUUUGUUUUCCUGGCACUGUAGUGGUCCUUUAAUUAGAUUUACUGUGCUUAAUAAUGAUUACAAUUGUUUGUUUUACAUGAAAUCUCCAAGAAUUAUAUUAUGAUCAUUAAAGGAUUGUGCAUCUUCUAAGGUUUGAAAAAUGAGGUGCAUCCAUUGUAAAAAGCAUGUAUUUAUUCUGUUUCGUUGUUAUUUGUCCUUUGUGUGUGGCUGCAUUAAUCAGAAGUUCUUUGUUUUUAGGUUGAAGCUGCAUAACAGAGCACCCUAACUGAAACUACACAGCUGCCAGCAUGUUCGAGGAAGAUAUGGAAGUGGCCAUUAAGGUGGUGGUGGUAGGAAAUGGUGCUGUUGGAAAGUCAAGUAUGAUUCAACGCUACUGCAAGGGGAUAUUCACAAAAGAUUACAAGAAAACCAUUGGAGUUGAUUUUUUGGAAAGACAGAUUCAGUACGUAUUUCUCAUCUUUCCUUUUUGUUAUAUAAUGUGGCACUCUUGUCACUCAUACUUGUUUAGUCAUAUGGGUAUGUUGCAGAAGGGCUGGGAAAAUGGUAAAACCGCAAUUUCCAUAAUGCUUACCCAGAAUUUAGAGUGGCAUUUGGGGACACACUGUUUGCCAAACCCUGGCUUAUGGUUAUCUGUGAUUGGAGAUAUAUAUAUAUAUUUAUUUUAGUUUUUUACCCAAGUUUUUCAAUGAAACUUUUUUUUUGUAAAUACAUUUUAAAUAUAAAAAUGUUAUAUGCUUUAUACAUAACAUUGUGGGGAUAUUUAUGGGAUAAUAAUAGUAAACAGUUGAGAAUUGCCCACUAAUUCAAUUCUCAGAUCCCAAAGAACGUUUAUCGUGUUAAGUGGAAAGUAUUUCAUAUAAAUAAUCACAAUGUAUAAAAAUAGAUUUUUAUUUAUGAUAACCAAUAAUUAACAAAUAAUAUUAUGUAACAUGCAUGACAAUAAUCAAUGAAUAUUCAGUAUAAAAUUAUAUGCAAUACAAAGAAAUGGGUAUUACGUUACAAUGGCUAAAUAGCAUUUCCUGUCAAGAAUUAUUUAUGACUAUCUUUAACACAGGCUGAAAGUGAAACUUUUCACAGAAGAACAGAAUUCCUCAGAGUGCAGCGUAAGGUCGUAAAGUUUAGCAGACAGUUAGAGUAACCCUUUCAAUGCUGGCUAGAUCUCCUAGGUAGUUAAGAUCUAUUCUUAUGUAAUUUUUAAAUAAAAUAACAUUUAAACCAGUUCAUUAGCCAUUUCCUGAAAACAAUCCAAUAAGAGAAUCUACAUAUUAUAUAAGCAGAUUUUUAAUUUGUCUAAAAGAUAUCUAUCUUAAUUUAGAGCAAAUCAAUACACCUGGAUAAAAACAGCGGUAUGCUAACACGUGAUAAUAUCACAUCAAUAUAUAAUUAUUCUUAAUUCCACCUGCAGAAUGGAAUGUUUAUAACUAUAUAUUCUUAGUUAACUAAGAUUUCUUAAUAUGGAAAUCUGACCGUGCUUUAUCCAGUCAUAUAUAAUACUAUUAAUACAUUUUAAUUAAUUUAAUUUAAUUAAAUGAAACCAGUAUAAUUACCAGUUGAGUAGAUAUUUCAUCCGAUUGGUAGUCUCAGGAAUUUAUUUGGAUGUGUCUCUGCAUGGAGGUUGGAGUCCCCAAACUUCCAAUUCCUCUCUUUUCUCUCCUUUGCAUAUCUUACAUCUGCCUCCUUCGUCUGUCUCCCUAUCUUCCCUUUGUCUUAACUUUUAAAGGGCCAGACUCUCUGUACGUCAUCAGUUGAUAACCCAAUAGAAGCACUAGAGGUGUGGUUAUCUUCCAGAUCGCAAAUUAGUUAUUUGGUCUGUAGAGGGCAGUCUUGUCCCACUAAACAUACCUAUCCAGGAAAGAGUUAACUUUUCCUGGUGGCUAUUUUGACGUCAUUUUGGCCUAUCUAGAUAGUGGCUAUAACUUACGUAUCCUUCAAAGAUCAAAGGGGUUCUUACAUUUUGUCCAGACUAUGUGUCUGCAAAUCUGCUAUAAUUUCUGAUAUGACAGAUCAUGAACUAAGUUUACCCUUUUCCAUACAAUGGUACCUUAUAUGUAUAGACAGUUAAAUAUUAAAUUAUUUAAUCUUCUCUGUCACAAUUGUCUGGGUUUAGAUUUGAUUAUAUUCUUCUUAUCACUUGUUUAUACUAUGCUAUACAUUCCUUAGCUCUGGCAAAGAGGCCAGUCUUACAGAAAGAAAUCUAGUGUCUUCUUUGUUAACUUGAAAUAACAAAAUGGAGUCUGGUCUGUUCAGAGUGACUCAGAAUAUACACUUUUAGUUUCUAUCAUAGCACAAAAUGUCUGCCGAUAUAAAUACCCUGACAACAUAGAGACACUAACAUUUAGCAAUUACAUUCAGCAAAUGGUAACAGGAAAAAACUUCACUUGAGAAAGUUUACUCUGAGUUAAUCAACAAUUGUCUCCUCCGUCUUGUCCUCACUGAAACGUGUGUCAGAUUAACAACAACACAUGCACAUCUUCCGGUGUCAUCAAACUGAUGCUGAUUGAAAGAGUCAUAUAGUAGAGCUUUUUAAACCUACUGUACAAACUCAUAGGAUCCUUUGUUGAGUUCUGCACCUGUAAGUGUGUUCUUAUUGCAUUGUCAUUGAUACCUGGUUUCGAUUUGGCUUAGUAAUUUGUCCCUUUCCUCCUUUUUGAAGGAGCAAAUUAUUGCUUUCCAUACACUAAUGCCUUGAGAUUUCUUCAGAAAGGCUUUUAUAACAAAUAAUUUACAUGUUGCUUUGCUGGAUUGACUGCAUGCUUUGCUGGAUAGUAGUGCACGUGGGCAUUUCCAAGACCACAUCCUUAGAGAAUUUUGGUGGCCUUUCUUGAAGCAAGGUGUUAGAUUAUUUUCUUGUGCUGCUUGUGCUAAGAAUAUAUUUUUCUCUCCAAUUCUCUUGUGGUCUCUUAAAUCACCAUCCCUUGAUCCCCUUUUGCAUAGACUUUAUUCUAGAUUUGAUCUUUUCCAAGGAUAAUGUUGUUAGCUAAUUGACCUUAGAUAGAUUUUGUAAGAUGACACCCUCCUCUCAUUAUACUUUUUUCCUCCACUAAACUGACCAAGAUAUUACAAUUUAUUCCAAUUCAGAGUUCUGUAUCCUGCCUUUUCUAUUGUGAGUGGAGGAGAUAUUGCAUUUGUUAAUGCUGCCAUUAUAAUUCAUCAGUAAAGGAAGAUUGCAGUAAAUCUACUACUUAAAGGACCACUAUAUGCACCCAGACCACUUCAGCUCAAUGAAGUGGUCUGGGUGCCAGGUCCCACUAGUUUUAACCCUGCAGCUGAAAACAUAGCAGUUUCAGAGAAACUGCUAUGUUUACACUGAGGGUUAAUGAAAGCCUCUAGUGGAAGAGAGGUCACCAGCGCCGAGGGAGCCUGGCGCUGGAGAAAGGUAAGUGGUUGAAGGGGCUCUAAACCCUUCAGCCCAGCGGGGGGCCAUGAGGGUGGGGGGAACCUAAGGACUACAUAGUGCCAGGAAAACGAGUUUGUUUUCCUGGCACUAUAGUGGUCCUUUAAUGAAGACCAUUCCUGUUUAAUUAUUUCAUUUAUUGUGUUUGUAUUGGUCACUAGCUAUCUUUAGAGGUGCAUGUGUAUAUACAGUUGUGCUAAAAUGUUAUCCUGGCAGAAAUGGUAAAAUUUUGGCAUUGAUUUUAUUAAUAUGACUGAUCAUGCAAAAAAAAUAUUUUAUAGAAGGAUAGUGAUCAUAUGAAGCCAUUUAUUAUCACAUAUAUGUUUGGCUCCUUUAAAAAAAAAAAAAAAAAAUUCUUUAUUUUUGGCGUGCAAAAGUUGUCAUACAGGUGCACGAUGUCAGUACAGUAAAUUUACAGAGCAUGUAAAUAGUGUCAGUUAAAGGUGCUGGCAUGACAUAAGAGGUGCACUUAAAGGGACACUAUAGUCACCUGAACAACUUUAGCUUAAUGACGCAGUUUUGGUGUAUAGAACAUGCCCCUGCAGCCUCACUGCUCAAUCCUCUGCCAUUUAGGAGUUAAAUCCCUUUGUUUAUGAACCCUAGUCUCACCUCCCUGCAUGUGACUUGCACAGCCUUCCAUAAACACUUCCUGUAAAGAGAGCUCUAUUUAGGCUUUCUUUAUUGCAAGUUCUGUUUAAUUAAGAUUUUCUUAUCCCCUGCUAUGUUAAUAGCUUGCUAGACCCUGCAAGAGCCUCUAGUAUGUGAUUAAAGCUCAAUUUAGAGAUUGAGAUACAAUUAUUUAAGGUAAAUUACAUCUGUUUGAAAGUGAAACCAGUUUUUUUUCCAUGCAGGCUCUGUCAAUCAUGUGGCUAGGGCUGCAUAAACAGAAACAAAGUGAUUUAACUCCUAAAUGGCAGUGAAUUGAGCAGUGAAAUUGCAGGGGAAUGAUCUAUACACUAAAACCGCUUUAUUUAGCUAAAGUAAUUUAGGUGACUAUAGUGUUCCUUUAACCAUAUAGAAAUGCAUUGAGCGACAGGAAUUCGAUGUAAUAGCAUUAAAACAUAAGGGAUGUAAAACUGAAGUGAAUGUGUAACUGCCGCAAUACUUUUGCUCGUAUGGAGAUUGUUUUGUUGUAUGGUGGCAUUGUAAAGCUUUUAAGUAUGCAUGCGUUUUUGAUAACGUUAAAACGUGAUAGUGGUCUGGGACCCGUGCAGGGUUAAUGACAGAGCAGCUAAAGCUGACUUUUCCCAGGGGUGUCCAGGAGCCAGAGAGUUAAUGGGGUUGGUAACAAUUUUGUGGAAAUUAGGAUGCCAAUGUAAAAAUUUGCAUAAAAUUGUACAUACUGUAUUACUAUAAGCGAAUUCACUUUGCCAUAAGAGCUAUUCCAUAUGCAUUGGGAAAAUAUGCAUCCUGGUGUGGUUCCCCUAACCUUGGGGUUGGCGGGGACAUGUUUGAAUUUAGGUGACGAAGCAUAUCGUCUGGGGCUAAAGUGAAUUUAGCGGGUUCUACGCUAUCCACUAGGGAUUGUCAGGUACUAAAACUAUGCUCUGAGUUUCCGUUUAGUAACCUUUGAGAACAAGUAGUGUGGAGGAAAGGAAUUUUUUUUUUUUUUUUUUUUAAAGAAAAGAAAUGAAAAAUAAAAGAAAAAUAUAUUAUACCCACACGUGAGUCAUGGGUGUAUAGAACGUGAGUGUCUGUGCUCCUUGGUAGUACAGUCUGGAGGCUUGCAUGCCUAAUGGGCUAGCAUACUUCCCAUCUGAAGGCAGGUUGCUGGGUCUUGGAAGGUCCCGCUUUUGGCACAAAGGGGGUGAUGUUUGUUGGGUCCCAUAGAUCGCGAGGUGACUCUGGGUGCUAGGUUGCAGGCAAGUCAGGCAGGCCCAGCGCUGUCAUAAAGGCUGGAGCAGCUUCUGGUGAGGUAAGCGUGCAUGUGGUCCCAUUGUGGUUUGCUUGUAGGGAGCCAUUCAUUCCCCCAUCCACAGGUCACUCCAGUGUUUCUCAAUCAGGCUGUGACUGGACCAAAGGACUUUCUCCAUAAAAAAGUUGUUCUCGUAAGGUCUUGGAAGAAGGAGAGGUGCGUGCCUUCAAAGGCCAGUGGUGUGUUGCCCUUCAGGGCCAUCAUGAUUCGGAUUUUGUCUUGUACUGAUACACAGCGCAGGAUCAUUUCCCUGACCAUAUUGGUGGGAAAUCUAGCAGAACCUGAGAUGCAGUAUAUUCCAUCUAUAGCUAUUUUCUUAGCGACAGUGUGUGACAGUAUAGUAGUUAAUGAGCAUCAGAUAUAAUGCGGCAAUUCUUCGGCCGAGACUAUCGAAGGUAUACCUCUGAUUUUUAUGUGGGUUCGGCGCUGCUGUUCCUCCUGAGCAUUCAUCCGUGUUGAUAGUGCCCUCUGUUAAGUUUGUAGCUGUUGAACUGAGUCGUUGAGGGAAGACAGGUAGGAUUGUACUUCCAUUAUAUCUUCCUCCACGGUUCUCACCUGGUCUGUGACUUGUUGGAUGUCAAGCUUGACAAGGUUCAAAUCUGCAGCCAGCAAUUUUUGUACGUCAGCCAGUAGUAUCUUGAGGUCCCGUUUUGUGGUAGGGGCAGAGUAAUUAUUGGAGUCUUGGGGCUGAUCCAUCAGAUUUUCGACCGUGGUGGUGUUGCCCUGCCUUACCGGCAUAGGACUUAAGGGUGGUGGAGGAGGCUCAGGAUGGUCUUUCACAGGAGUAGACCAAAGUAGUGCUGGCCGCUGCCGCAUGUCCCUUAUGUCCCUGCCAGCAGCCACAACAGUCGUCUUGUGCGAGCGGUGUGCUUUCGCCGGCAUAUUAGUGGCCGGGAUAGUGUCAGCAGAUGAAGGUGCGUCCUCCGACCUUUCCACGGGAGGCUUGCCAAGCAGUGUCCCCAGGUCCCGGAAUGGCAGCAUGUAGUAGGCCGCUGACUUGCGCCUCUGCUUCAGUGCCUGGAAGAAUGGCAUUGAUCGGUUUUGCUCAUAGUCAGGGUGCUGGUGUGUGGUUCGGAGGGCUCGAUAACGGGAAUAUAUCGGUAAAACGAGUAGUUUGUUAUGGAGCACUCCGAGAUGGCAUCUGUAUGAGAGAUGGCUGUCAAGCUCUGUCAUUUGGCUCCUUUUUAAAUCCUAGUGAUAACAGAAAUCACCCAAAUGGCCCUGAUCAAAAGUUUACAUACCCAUGAAUGUUUGGCCUUGUUACAGACACACAAGGUGAGACACACAGGUUAAAGUGGCAAUUAAAUGUUUAUUUACCAAACCUGUGACUUUUAAUUUGCAACUAGUGUCUUUGUAUAAAUUGCCAUUGAGUUUCUCUCACGUAGAUGCACUGAGCAGGCUCGAUACUGAGCCAUGGUGAGCAGAAAAGAACUGUCAAUGACCUCCGUAACAAGGUAAUGGAACGUUAUAAAGAUGGAAAAGGAUACAAAAAAUAUCCAAAGCCUUUAAAAUGCCAGUCAGUACUUUUCAAUCACUUAUUACUUAAUUCGGGGAUCAGCAUAUUAUCAGAAAAUAUUGCAGACAAUUUGCAUUCUUCCGCAUGAAGGCUGCGCAUGGGAAGUUCUUGGACUUUCCAGAAUGACAAUGAUCCUAAGCACAAGGUGACGUUUACCCUCCAGUGGUUACAGCAGAAAAAGGUGAAGGUUCUGGAGUGGCCAUCACAGUCUCCUGACCUUAACCCCUUAACACUGGCCAAAGUUAGCGUUAAUAUUUGUUUGUUUGUGAAAAAUGCAAAAAACUAAUUUGAACGCCAAUUUUGGCCAGUGUUUGUGACUAAGUGGCUACUAAAAAAGACUGGACAUACACAAUUUGCAAUACCUUGGGUUGUCUACUUUUGCAAAUGGUAUGCCCUCAUGGGGGUAAUUCUCAUUGCUGGGCUACCAUACGGUCUCAAAGGCAACGUAACCAAUCUGGCGAAUUUCAAUGUGAAGAAACACAAGCCUUAUAUUUAACUCUGUAACUUUUGAAAACGCCAUAAAACCUGUACAUGAGGGGUACUGUUAUACUCAGGAGACUUCACUAAACACAAAUAUUAGUGUUUCAAAAUCGUGAUAUUAUCGUUAUAAUACAUUUUACUGUUUUGAAAUACUAAUAUUUGUGUUCAGCGAAGUCUCCCGAGUAAAACAGUACCACCCAUGUACAGGUUUUAUGGUAUCUUGGAAAGUUACAGUGUUAAAUAUAGUGCUAGCAAAUUUAAAUUCUCUGGACUUUCUGCCUGGGUUAUCAGGCAGGUCCUGCAAAUAGUAAUUGAUAAAAUUACUUAAUUAUGUAAAAAUAACAUAAAUAUAUACAUAGAAUUAAAAUAAAUAUAUAAUUUUUGAUCUAAGUAUAUGUUAUGUAAUUUUAAACAGUUUUUAACCUCAUGAUCACAUGGCCCAGGAGGGCCAUAUCGGCAGCAGGGGGACUCCCUGAGAUGCUAGGUAAGUCCCCCCCAUCGCGAUCACUGGCGUGAGAUCGCUGACGAGCAGUGGCCAGGAUGGUGUGGACAUACUAUGCCUACUGCCGGCGUUUAGAGCCGGGUCCCUAUGGUUUUGUGGUUUGCAACGUAGUCUUGGAGUCUCCUGAUUCCAAAGUGGGAUUGGGGGGCUGGGUAAAUAACAAAUGGGAUAAAAGGCUUAGCAUGAAUUCUAGGAAAGGGCAGUGCUUACCUUUGACUUUUUUUUUUCUUCUUUUUUUUUUCUUUUUUUUAUAGAGGCUAUAGGCAUUGAAAAUUGCAAUUCUCUUGUACCAGGUCCUAGUUUUUUGGUUGGUCAGCCAAGUUUACUCUUUCCAGAUGCUCAUUGUUACCUCUCACAGACACUGGCAUUGUACUUUAGUCGUGCAUUGUAGACAGCCUGUAUACAUCCUAUCUGUGAAGCGAAGGGCAAGCAACUCAUCCUGGCGGAGAGCUGAAGAGGAACCUCUACUUCUACCUCUUGCUAGGGUUUGGGGGUAACCUCUGCGAUUCUUCCUGACUGUGCCACAGGCUAGGGUUUCAAAGCAAUGUAAACUCCACAAACAUCCCUAUAGAAAGAGAAUAAAAAGAGCAUCACCUAGUAAUCCAGUUUAUAUGAGUUGAUCAUUUUCACUUUGUUACAGAUUAGUUCUUAGGACUUGAAACCGGGCAUUCCUGUCCUCUUAUGGGAGAAUAGCAUAGUAUGAAUAAAGAAGCAUAGGAACUCCCUGGUCCUUUGAUAUCACCCUAUCCAUCUCUGUCUGUCAAGUUAAAAACCCCUUCUUUCACUUACCUGAUUCCAGUGCAGAUUUUUCCUCGGCUCUGGUUCAGCCUCCGCCUCCACUCCACCUGUGCCGACAUCUGCUGGCGGGGGAUGACGACCUAAUGACAUGCGCUUUGAGGGCUGUGUUCAUAUCAGGACUCAACACCCCCAUAGGAAAGCAUUGUUUAAUGCUUUCCUACGGGGUUUUGGGUGACUCUGGAUGUCCUCAUGCAUAGCGUGAUGACAUCCAGCCUCAGGUUGGCGACCAAAAGUCGCCUAACCACCUGGAAGUCCCUCUAGUGGCUGAAGUGAUCUGGGUGACUAUAAUGUCCCUUUAAAUGAAUACUAUGGAGUUAGGGGUACAAACUUGUAUUCCUAAUAGUAUAGUGUUCUCCUCUCAAUUUAGAUUCUGGGCCCCCUAAAUCCAAUUUAAAAAAAUACAUUUACUUAUCCUUCUUCCAGCAUUGAGACUUAUUGUGUUAAGCCCCCACUCUGUUAAUGGUGACAUUGUCCUGUAGGUGAUCUCAUCUUCCAUCAAUCAAAUGCUUCUUAUAGAAUGCACGCUGCGCUCCUUCAAUCAAAUUACAGGACCACUGCUCUCAGACAGUCUGGGUGUUUAUAGUGUGUUUUGUGUGGGUUUUUUUUUUCCUUCUUUUUUUUUUUCAGGUUUGUUAGGGUUUUUUUCCUGCUUAAGAGUGUAACAGUUGGCACAUGGCUAGACAUUAUAGUCUAAUUAUUACUGGGAUUUUUUUAUUCCUGAACACAGUGCUAAAUCUACAUAAAAUGGUUUUCUGUAAUGCUUUUGCCAUAAAACCUUAUGAGGAGCUAGUAUAUCUUAAUGAUUCUGGAUUGACUGUGAGUGACCCUUAUGUGCAAUCUUGCAUGGUAUCUCUUGAGACAUCAUCUGUGUGGUAUUUUCCUGGCUGGCAUGGCUGUCACACUGAUUCAACAGGUACUUACUAGCAACGCUCACAGACUAAUAACUAUAAAUAGAUUACACUUUUGGUAUGUUGUAAUGGGGACCCAAAUGGUCAAACCUGCCGAUUUAAAGGUGCACACCUAUCUAACUGCUAAUAUAAAACUUUUACAAUACAGCUGUGAAUGUACAGAAGAAAUCUAGAUAUAGCAUAAUACAGUCAAGGUCAAGUCUUGGUCUUGACACAAUUGUUCUUGGCAUGGUCGCUACAGUCUUGGGCAAAGGUGAUAUUUGGCUAGCCCCACCUAGAAUUUUAGCGGGGGGCACCCAGAGGCACUUUAAAAACAUUCUUAUGAGUGCAUUUCAAACAGCACAGUUUAUUUUAUUUUUUUUAAAUCUUUAUUAUGCUAUAUAUUUUGUUAUAUUUAUUCUGUCGAUUUUACAGCUAUUUUUUUUAUUUUUACCAUAGAACUUUAGGUUGAGGGUGUGGGAUUUAUAUACAUCUCUGCUAAUCCUCUACAUAAAUCUGGGACUUCUAGUAUUUAAAUUGAUACAUAAGAAUUUCCUGACCAUACAUGAAACUGAAAAUGAAAUGCAAGGGACCUUUCAUAAUAGCUUAAACUAAUAUGUAGAUCUUUCAUUUGUAUCGGUUUCAUGCAACAUCUGUACAUAUUAUAUUUGGUAUCAUGCCAAGAUUGCUGAAAAUAUAAAUAAUAUAUGUCCUGAUGAAAGUCCACGACGAUGGACUGAAACGUUGACCUCUUGACCAACUGGAUUAAAAGGUUUUUUGCAUUUUUUCUAGCAAAUUGAAAGUCCUUGAGUGCUGACUCUUUUUUGAUAUUUAUACAUUUGUGCAGCCAAGCACCGGGCAAUAACUAAGGAGAGCUGGAGUGCAACUCCCAUCAUCCUCUCUCUCUCUCUAAAUAUAUAUAUAUAUAUAUAUAUAUAUAUAUAUAUAAUAUUUUUUUUUUCUUGUUCUCUUCUCUGGUUUUACUAGCAUUCAUUACUGGCAAAAUCUACAGUGUAUUGAGAGGCUAAUGAGCUGUUUGCAAUAAAGCAGCAUUGUAAUCCUGGGCUUUUUCUCUAGAGAGCAUUGCAGAAAGAGCCUUGUCGUCAGUCUCAACUCAUUACCUCAUUCCUUCACACCAGCAAUGGGCAAAGCAAACAUCGUAAUCCGAACUAAUGAACUCAUGUUAAGAAGACCGAUAAAUCACAUGGGACAUGAUCAUGCAUAGUAGCAGGCUCUAUAUGCCAUCAAAUUAGGUGUUCUGACUCCUGUAAGGCUGUUUAAAAUUCAUAAAACAAAUUCUCCUCUAAGGCUUGCUGGAAGCGUUCUCGGGGUAUUGGAGCACAUUUUAACCCCUUAAGGACACAUGACGGAAAUAUUCCGUCAUGAUUCCUUUUUAUUCCAGAAGUUGUGUACUUAAAGGGUUAAUGUUUUGAGAUCCUGUCAAAAGCUACUGCCAUGUUGGAAUAAAAUAAUCUUGAAUAGUCACGGCUGCCCAGGACGUUUUUAAAAUAUUGAUUACUCUCCAUAUACCUUCUUUUUGCAGUGUAAUGCAAAAUGCUAGUAUAGGUGUGUUGGAAUCCUUGGUUAACUGUUAUCCUUAGAAUGACCUGUGUCCUUAUAAUACAGUUAUAAUGGUGCUGCAUUGAAAGAACCUAGGUGUUUUUAAUGUGGUACCCUGCAGCUCGUUGCAUAGGAGUACAGCUGUGAAUGAUAGGAAAUAAAAUUCACUGCAUCUGGGUUAAAUCUGCCCCUUGUUCCUAGUUCCAGCUUUUAUAAUACUGCUGUUAUAAAUGGUGAUUUAAUGACAAUGCUUCAUUAUGACCAUGUUGUUGUUGCCAUGUUGCCCAAACUAAACUUGAUAUUUUAAAAUCACAUUUUGACAGUGCCUUUUAAAGAUCCAAUUUGAGACUCUGGACUGAUAAAUUCCCUCCUUUACUAAAAUAUUUUAUUUCCUGUUAAAUACUCAGAUUUUUUUUUCUAUGCAUUUAUUCUUUUGGCGGCAUGUUAACACUAUUUACAUAUUUACAGUCUCAUUGUUGCCUUCCGUGGUUUGUUUUUCGUGUACUGUGAAAAUGCUAAAUAAUUUAAAAACACAAACAAGUGUAACCGCAACAUGAUUAACAUUAUCUCUUGGUUUUGUUUUUCAGAAUAAAUGAUGAAGAUGUGCGGCUAAUGUUAUGGGACACAGCUGGUCAGGAGGAGUUUGAUGCAAUUACUAAAGCUUAUUACAGAGGUAACACUUAUACUUUAUCUGUAAUACAUUGGCUCAUGUAUGUUCAUCCCAUGCUUUUCUCAAUAACGCUGCACAUAAGGGAGCAAAAGAGGGGAACAGACCUGGAAAUGUAAAACUAGUAAAUGUGACAUAUAUUUGCAUGUCUCACUUUGUAAUAUUUGAAUGAUUUUAUUUAGAUAGCCGUGAUUGUGUUUGUGUCUGUGUCUGUUUAUGUAGUGCUGACAUUCUGCACAGUUUAAUGGGUGACAAUAAGCAAUGGAAGAGGGGCGUGGCCUGGGCUUCCGACAGACAUGCCUGCCUAACCGCACAGCUCCGCUCCACGACAGCACAGUUAAUAGCUACCACACUACUAAACUGCACUAAUGGGACGCACUAAACAGGUUGAACCCCCACAGACCCCCAGGAAUACUCUACCCGGUUCGCAGUCGGGCCCGAUGGACGACUACCUCCACACGCCGGCUGGGCCCGCUCAUGGGCCUCCGACCUCUAAAAUGGUGCCUCCUUCGCCUGCUUCCACAUGCCCCAGCUCGGAUCACACCACACCAGCGGACAUCUGAGCAGACCUCAAACGCAUGGUGAUGUAAUGGUCACCAAAGAUGACCUACACCAACUGUCCGCCACGCUGCACGAAGCGAUCAAAACGGAGGUAGCAGGCCUAAAAGCAGAUGUAACGGUACAUGAGGCCUGCAUCCUAAACUUGGAACAGUGAGCGCAGACAGCUGAAGACCACGCUACAGCCACUCAUACUGACAUGGUCGAUGCAACAACAUCAGGGUGAAAGGUGUACGUAGAACAGGGAGAACGUAGAAGUUAUACUCACCUCCAUAUUCCGCUUUAUAUUGAGGGAGGAAGCACCGGUCCAAAUCAAGUAUGAUAGGGCGCUACGGCCUCGGCCCUCGGAGGGGGUAGAGAGAGAGAUAAUUUGCUGCCUUCACUCCUUCCCCCUAAAGGAAUUAAUCAUGGGAAAGACUAGAUCCAGGGCCCACUGGAACAAUAGGGGUGCAGAAGUAUCCCUCUUCAAUGACUUCUCGCCGAUGACCCUAGAAGCCAGGCGAGCCCUGAGGCCGAUCACCACCAUACUGCAGGAGAAAAACAUAACUUAUUAAUGGGGCUACCACUUCAGCAUCCUAGUCCAGCAUAACAACUAAUGGAUAUCGGCCAGAUGGCCCGAGGAGAUACCCCAAUUCCUGCAACGCCUAGAUCUGCCAACGAUACCUGUACAGAAUUGGAUCCUACUGCGUCUAGAACCUAGACCCCAACCGCAGCGCCAAGCACGGAGGAGAAGAUGGAAUUCUCUGGGAGGUCCCCCACAAGGCUGCCGCACGAAACUGACAAAUCCUGAGGAGUAACAGCCCCACCAACAAAUGCAUCAGGACCGGUACCCGCGGAGCCGACACCCUCAAACCACCAUAGCCUGCAGAAAUCCCGGACGGGAUAACACUAUGGAAAAUGGUAAAAGGUACACUGACACUGGGACAGCUUGGUAAUAGCACAGGUUUGGGGGGGGAGGGGGUUGUAAUGAAUAAAGGCAUACUCCUUCACGAAAACAUCGAUCCUCAGAGUACCACCUUCACAGUUAGAUUACCCACCCCAAAAAAAAAGCGUAACCCCAAAAACCCCCACUAAAAAAUAAUCAAAAUAAAUUUUAUUUUAGAGGGUAAAAGGGAAGGAUAAGUAAGCAGAGUGGACUGUUGGGGAGGGGGCUUAGUUGGGAAUACCCGAGACAUUCCAUAUGAAACACCUUGGAGCCCCUUUUGCGGUGACUUUCAACAGCAUUUCCGGGCAUCAUACAAACUCCAGUCCACUGCCCACACAUGACCCUGGAACUCUGCCGAUAUGUGAUGAGCUCCUCGGACUUUAACGGAGACAGAUGGGAGUACAUAUGGAACUCUACCAUAGGUGAGUGGUUAAAGAUGCUCUAUGUUUCUACGCCUCACCCCUAUGGGUGUAACAUCGCACCCACACAAGCACGGGAGGAUAAGCCACGUUGCACACAUGCACUUGCAUAUAUGACCCACCUACAGGUAAAAACUGACCUCACACCUCAACACCAUGAUUAGAUACCCCACAUGGGAAAAAGGAGAAAAAAAAAAAAAUUCAAAGCACCAAUAAAAACAUAAACGACAAACAUAGCAACAAACAUCCAACAAAAAGGAAUCAGAACUCACAUCAUAACAUAACACCACCAGACAGCGACCACACUAAAGCACAUACAGAUCUCGAUCCAUCGGGGCCUAGCCACAUUACACAACCGCAUGAAGAACAGCUUCGUCUGGCCGCCUCCCACCUUCAGGGAGGGGUGGGGGGACGCAACUGGGUGACCCUGACAUCUAGCUAGGAUAACCCAAAAGGAAGCAAACUACAUGGAAUCGCAAUGACAUACUGCCCGGAUUCGAUUAAAGUCAUAACGCAAAACUGCAGGGGACUAAACUUACCAGAACGAAGAACCCACCUCCUCAGAGAACUACAGAAGGGAAGCGUAGCCAUAGCUCUCUUACAAGAGACCGACUUUUGCACGGGAUCUGCACCUGCGCUGCAUAACAAAUACUACCCCACCAACUAUUUCAGCAACCACCCCACGGCCAGGAUAACGGGGGUAGCGAUUAUGGUAGCUGCCAGAUUACAAUUCUGAGAAUAAGAAAAGACGAGAAGGGCCCCUUCGUUAAGGGGGAGAUAUCGUGCCGUAAAUACACAUUGGCAACGAUAUAUGUACCGAACCGCAAUCUAUCACGUUUCCUUAAAUGCACACUGAAGAAACUAGCAGAGUUUACGGAGGGCAUGCUGAUAAAAGGAGGAGACUUCAAUGUCCCACUGGACCCUAAAAUGGACUCCUCCACAGGACAUAGCAGUAUCCCACAGAGAGAGAUCGGGACUAUCCAUCAGACCCUGAGGAACCUGAGAUUGGUGGACUGCUGGAGGGCCCAACAUCUGAUAAAGAUUACACCCACUAUUCACUGAUAAACAAACUAUACUUUGGGAUAGAUUUUCUGCUCUUACAACAGGAAAAUCUAAUAAGACUUCAGAAGAUCUCCAUCGGCACCCCGACAUGGUCGGACCACAGCCCGGUUGCUAUGGAAAUCUACUCCCCCUUCACAAGACAAGUAAAGAGGACCUGGAGGCUCAAUGAUGCCCUACUGAAUGACUUAGAAACCAGAGACCAAAUCACCCAGGCACUAACUACCUACUUGUCAGGAUUACUGUUUGAUCCAGCACGUAGAAUUGUACAGCACGGAUGACAAAUAAGUAACUUAUUACUGGUCCUUAGAAUGGCCGGAUUUAACGUACAAAGAAUAGUCAAAAAUACUAGCCGAGGUCAGGGAACACAGAAAGGGACACAGCGAUGAGGAAAGCCAGGAGUCAGGAUACCAGAAUAUAGAGAAGUCAAUAAACAAAGCCAAAGUCAAAAACCAGGUAGAAAACUAUAAACAGGAACGCGCUCUCGGACAACCACAAGGGAAACCACGACAGGGCACUGAGCAGGCUGGGAACUGGGCCUUAAUACCCCUCUUUUCUUUCUGAUAGGCUGUAACCGGCCUUUGACCCCAAAGUCAGUUACCAGGUUUCAUUUGCAUAAUUGCUGCUCAGCAUUAACCCUUCUGUGGAUUAGGUUGCUGCUCUGCACAACUUUUCCUGUGUGGACAGUAAAUGUCAUUAACCACUUUUCUAUAAGCGGAUGAAUACAUGAGACAUGGUUUCAUUUGCACAAUUACUGCUCAGCAUUAAACCUUCUGUGGAUUAGGUUGCUGCUCAGCACAACUUUUCCUGUGUGGACAGUAAAUGUCAUUAACCACAUUUCUAUAAGCGGAUGAAUACGUGACACUACUUCAGUGGAAAUGCAACGGACGACAUAUGACUGUAUGGGAGGCUCGUAAAAGCGUGCUCCGAGGCAAAAUCAUUCAACUUGCAUCACACAAGAAGGAGGAAGCUGGUACACAUGUUCGCGAUCAUAGACUCUAUUGCAACACUGGAAACGCAACAUAAACGCAACCAAGUGGAGGAAAACUACAACGAACUUCUGGAAGCCCGAAGACCACUACACACUUUACUACUCAAACGACAUCUCCGCAGAUCCAAAGGAUUCUUUUAUCUGCACGCAAACAAGGGAUGCAAACUCAUCGCACAAGCUUGGAGAACAGCAACUAACUGCACAAGUACUGGAUACAGGGGAGGCAGGUUUGCGCACACAAUGGAUACAAAUUGUUAAACCUGUAAUAUACAGAAAGCCUUCAUAGGGUAGUAUGUAGUCAUAACAUAUAAGGUAAAAAUAUAACUUGGAGCACUCACAAUCUUUUGAGCCUUAUAAGUCGGCUCUGAACUGUAGGAGCGUGUCAGUAACUCCAAUAGGGUAGCUUUGGUGGAGACACUAGACACUAGGCACUAUAGUGGUCCUUUAAUUGAUAUCUUUUCCUGAAGAAGCGAGUUUUCAAUGAUUUUAUUUUGAAGGAACAGUGAGUCUGUGAGAGUCUAACGGAACAGGGAAGAAAGUUCCUUAGGAACAGUACAGCCUUAGAGAAGGCUUUAAUGUGAGAUUAAGAGGUACAAGCACAGACAGAGGAUAGAUGCAGGCCUUUGGCGGAUGGGAUGUAAGUAAAACUUGUAAGCAAGUUUCAGAAUUUUAAAUUGAGCCCUAUAUCUUAGCGGAAGCCAAUGUAGGUACUGACAGAGGGGGGAGGCGUGGUAGGUGCAAGCAAACAACAGGCUGAGUUUCACUUCAAUUACUAUAGUGGGAAAAAUUGGGAACACAUAAGACCACGGAGAAGCGGGUUGCAGUAGUCAGGGCAAGAGAAGACAGCACCUUAGCUGACUCUGGCGUUAAAUAGGAGCGGAUGUGCGCUGUGUUUUUGAGAUGGAAGGGGCAGGAUUUGGUGAUUGACUGAAUAUAAGGGGUGAAGGCGAGGUUAGAGUCAAAGAGAACACCUAGGCAGCGAGCUUGCAAGGUAGAGCUGUUGGUAGUGCCAUUAACUUUGAGGGAGACAGACACGGAAGUAGCAGCACUUGAGGGAGGAAAGAAGUUCUGUUUUGGACAGGAAGGAGGAGAGUCCCCCACCCGGCACUGGAAAAAUAGGUAAAUUUAACCCCUUUCCUCUCCCCAGAGCCUGGUGGGAGGGGGACCCUGAUGGUGGGGGCACCCUCAGGGCGCUAUAGUGCCAGGAAAACGAGUAUGUUUUCCUGGCACUAUAGUGGUCUUUUUUUUAUUGUAGUUUAUGAGGUACAAACAGUAAAUGUGCAUUUUCGGUAUGUACAAUCAUCAGUUUUCACAAUGGUAUCCUCUACAUUCAGUUUGCAUAAAAAUUAAUUCUGUUCCAGUGUUUACAUACUGUCCAAGUUUUACAUAUCCUCCAGUAUCACAAGGUGUAAAAAUAAAAGUUAAGCUCAAACUCAGCAUUCAUUACUAGUAUACCCGGUAAAUGUAGUACAGCAAAACAACACUGCCAGUUGGGGUAGCUAUACAAGUUUGAGCUCCAUGUUCUCAUUUUCCCUUACCCCCUCUGGCUGUGGCUUAAUUUGUCCACCAGUCCAGGGUGUCAAUGUUAUAUGUAUAUCGUCUUACUCCUGAUGAUUCUUUUGUUCGUACCUGUUUUUAUCUAUGUUGAGAACAAUAACUAAAGCUAAAACUAAACGUAACGUGAACUGGGUGGUGGGAAGGGGGGAGGGAGGGGGGAGAACAUAAGUUCUCGGUAUUUCCCCUGUACAUAUUUCGCUCGUUUUCCAGAGAUUGCGUCUUGUCUCUCAUCUGAUUUGUUUCAUUCCAUGUCUAUAUUCCACCUUGUUUUUUAGGGUGCCUAUAUGCGUCCCACAUUUGCCAUGCGUCUAUCCAAAACUUUUGUGGCGCCCUGUGUGCUCGCACCGUACAUUCAUAAAGUCUAAUAUUAUCUAGAUGUGAGGCUAUUGUGUCUAAUAGUGGGGGGUCCUUUUGAAGCCACGCCUUGGCCAUAGCUGUUAUCACCGCUAUGGUUACAUGGAAAAGUAGGUAUUGUUGGGAUUUUAAGAGGCCUUGUGGCAUAUGUUGCAGAAGGAAUAUCUCAGGCAUGAAUGCCACGUCCAUCUUUCCUAUUUGUUGCACAAGGGAAUGUACUGAUCUCCAUAGUUUUGUAAUGACAGGGCAUGUCCACCAAAUAUGUAUGACAUCCCCUGUGGCGUCACCACAUCUCCAACACGCCCCCGUAUGUUUCGGGUCAAUGUGUUUCAGCUUGGUGGGUACCAUAUGCCAUCUGUACAGCAUUUUUCUCGACAUUUCUAUCUGGGCUGUGGAUAGUGUUAGGUGUUUAUGGGCCAUGAAACUUUUACGCCAGUUUUCGUCUGGUAAUUGUUUCCCUAUGUCAUAUUCCCAGUUUUUAAUAAAGGUCAGGUCUCUUAUCUUUUUUAUGGGUAAAUAACUGCUAUAUACUUUGGAGAGGAUACCAGCUGUUUUAUUAGAGUUAGUGCACAGUUGUCGUAGUGCCUCCAUAUUUCUCUUUGUUUCUGCGGUGUAUGGUGACCCUCUAUUUCUUCCUAUCCACGAUAUUAUCUGUCUAUGUGCGAACUCCGCUGCAGGUGGUAGUUGGAACUCUUUUUGUAGUGAAGUAAAGGCUAUGUAUUUAUCAUUAUCCAUGAGUUGGUGUAAAUGUGUUAAGCCUGCAGUGGACCAUUUUCUAAUAUUUAGUUGUGGGAUCAGUGCUUCAAAAGAGCGUAGGAGCAUUGUUGGUGGUAGCUUCGUGUCAAGAUUCAAGAAUUUUGUAUAUUUAUCCCAUUCUUUCAGUGUUAAGGACGUUAUAGGGGAAAUGUCUCGAAACUUUUUUCUGUGAGUUUCACUUAUUCCCGCUAGUGUUGCAAUGUCGUAUCCCUCUGUGUGUGAUGCUUCCAAGUGUACCCACGCCGGAGGCAUGGAAUAAGAGCGGAGUACAGCCACUAGUGUGCCAACUAUCGCCGCUUUAUAAUAUAGAUCUAAGUUUGGGAGGCCCAUUCCCCCCAUUUUUUGCGGUAGGUAAAGUAUAUGUGCUGCAACCCUGGGCCGUUUUUUUGCCCAGACAAAGGCGUUAAUUGUUUUCUGUGCGUCUUUAAUGUAUGCUGCAGGUAACUGUAUGGGGAGGGUGCGGAAUAAAUAUUGGAGCUUGGGAAGAACCAUCAUCUUGACGGCGGCUACUCUCCCAGUCCAUGAGAUAUAUUUGUUUUCCCAGCCUUUAAGUUGGGUGUUGAUAGAGUGGAGAAGUGUGUUAUAAUUGGCUUGGAGCAAUUUGUGUGUGUGAGUUGUGAAUUUUAUACCAAGGAAAGUAAGGUAAUCUUUUCUCCAUUCAAAGGCCGUGGUUUGUUGUAGGAUACUGUUUGUCUCCGGUGUCGUGAAUAGGCUCAUUGCUUGUGUCUUAGUCGCAUUGAGCCUGUAAUAUGAACAGUCGCUGUAUGCUUUUAGUAAAGUAUUAAAGGUUGGAAUGGAGAGUUGUGGGUUAGUCAGUGAUAGCAUCACAUCAUCAGCAAAUGCUGUUAGUUUGUAUUCCCUUCCUCCUCUUGCUAUGCCCGUGAUUUGUGGUUCGUCUCUAAUAGUCUGUAGCAGCGGCUCCAGUGCUAUGAUAUAAAGGAGUGGUGACAGUGGGCAACCCUGCCUAGUCCCAUUGGUUAUAAAAAAGGUUUGUGAUGCGAAACCUCCAUUUGUCACUCUAGCAGAGGGUUUGGAAUAUAAUGCCGUUAUUAGAUUUAAAAAUGGUUGUGGAAACUUAAAUUUCCGAAGUGUUUCUUGCAGGAAGCCCCAGUGCAACCUGUCAAACGCUUUUUCAGCGUCGAGUGACAGGAAUACACUGGGUUCUCCCCGCCGUUGCUUUGCGUAAAGUAAAUUGUAUAGCUUUCUUGUGCCUUCGGCCCCUUGUCUACCUUUAACGAACCCCACUUGAUCUUGUUUGAUUAUUGUAGGUAGCAUAUCUGCUAUUCUUGUGGCAUGUAGUUUGGCUAGGAUUUUGGUAUCUGUAUUUAAGAGGGAUAUGGGCCGUAGGUUUUGGGGUUUAGUUGGGGGCUUGCCUGGCUUCGGCAGAGUAACUAUAUGUGCCAUCAGCAUAUCCUGUGGCAUCUUGCCCGUGGAAAUUAUGUGGUUAAAUGUGUCUACUAAAUGUGGUCCUACAAUGUGGCUAAAUGUUUUAUAAUAAGAAUUAGUAAGACCGUCCGGGCCCGGUGAUUUGCCUGGGGGAAGUGAUUUGAUUAUUCGUAGGAUUUCAGACAAUGUGACAGGGUCGCAAAGCCUUUUAUUUUGGUCUACUGUUAAGCUAGGCAGAGAGAUAUUAGAUAAGAAGUUUUGGAUGUCGUGUACGGAUGGUUGGUAUGUCUGGGGGUCUCGCUUUAUGUUGUAUAGUGUUUCGUAAAAGUUGGCCAUCUCUGUUAGGAUCUCCCGUGGAUCAUGCAGUUUUCUUCCUACUUUAUUAUGUAGGUAUGGGAUUUUUGUUUGGGCUUGUUUCUGUCUUAAGAGCGAUGCCAAAGCCUUGCCGGCUCUAUUGCCUUGAGUGUAAGAGCGUAUUUUCAGUCUCUGUAGCAUAUGUGCUGUUUCGUCUAGGAGUAGCUCAUUUAUGUUUUUUGUGAUAGAUAUUAUAUCCUGAGCCAAGUCUGCUGUAGGGGUUAGGUAGUGGGCUUUUUGUAAGUCCCUUAGUGUUUUUAAUGAAUCCAGAUAUUUUUGUUCCUUAGUUCUUUUUAUAUAUGCCGCUCUACUGAUUAAGAUCCCUCUGACGACUGCUUUAUGAGCUUGCCAGGUGGUUGUGGGUUCCAGUUCUGGUAAAGUAUUAUUUUGGAAAUAUUCACGCAUGUCGUGACUUAGUUGAGUGCGGAAGUCUUUAUGCAUGAUUAGGGCGUCAUUUAAUCGCCACGGGGGUUUCCCUUUGUGGUCAAAGUUAGUUUGCAACCUGACUGACACUGGAGCAUGGUCAGACCACACUAUGUCCCCAAUCUCACUGUUUGUCAUUUUUGGUAAGAUGUCUGCAGUAACGAGAAUCAUGUCUAUUCUAGAGUGGGUUUUGUGAAUGUGGGAGAAAUAUGAGUAACCUCUUUCAGUCGGGUGUUGUAUUCUCCAUAUAUCGUAUAGAUUGUGUUCUAGGAUUGCUUUGUUUAAUGUUUUGCAUUGUUGUGCGAGGAGUUUUGACCUGGGGGCGCCCUGGGCGAGAGAUGUGUCUGCUACCGGGUGUAGAACAUGAUUCAUGUCUCCACAUACCAGCAUUGAGGUUUUUUGUCUGAUUGGAAUUUUGUUAAGGACUUUAAGCAAAAAAUUCUUUUGGUUAACAUUUGGGCUAUAGAUCCCUACUAAUGUGUAUUUAAUAGUAUUAAUAGUACAAUAGAUUAUAAGAUAUCGGCCUUGUGUGUCUCUUUUGAGUUGCAACAGUUCAAACGUGAGAGAUUUAUGAAAAAGGAAAGAUACUCCCCUGGAUUUGGAGGAGUGAGUCGCAUGAAAUUGGGUGGGAAAGUCUCUUGUGCCAAAAUCUGGGACUUUAUGAUGUUUAAAGUGCGUCUCUUGUAUGCAUAGGAUAUCUAUAUGAUUGCGUUUCGCUGUUUCUAAAAGUACUCUCCGUUUAUGCGGGGUGUUAAGGCCCCUUACAUUAUGAGAUUGUAUUGUCACACUCAUUUGUGAAUGAGAAGAUGUUGCGUACAGGCCACUCAGGUUGUCUUGACCUUAUUUCCGUAUAGUCUGUGUGAUGUCUUGUCUGUAUUGUCUUAACCCACCUGUUUAGCAGAAGUGGCUUUUGUAGGUGUGUGUCACAUAGUAGGGGAGCUUUUGUAGCGUCAUAUGCACUAGGAGUACGGGAAGGAUAGGUAUGUUGCGGGUGGUUGGGAUGGGUGUAACUUGGUUCAUUAUAACUUACCCCAUGAGGGGUCAUGGCGCCCAUCUGCGGAGCCAUGGGGGGUAGAUAUCAAAAUAUCUGUGUGGGUGGCUAACGGCCUUAACAUUCUGUAUAUAUAGCAUAGGACCUGGUUCUGUGGGUGGUGACCCAUGUUAGUUUUAGUGUGUUCUCUGGGGGGGGACCCCUUACCCGUCGUGGGUAACUCUGCAAUAACCCGAUGCAGCAAAAAUUCUAAACAUAUUAAUACAUUUCUACAGUUGACAAUUAACAAGUAACCCUUAGCAUCUAUCACCAUGGGGAAUAGAUUUAGCUCCAUUGGUUGCUCAGUAUAGCUUAUACUUUUACAAUUCAGGUACUCCCUAUCUCGGCUUCAAUAUACCUUGUACUGAUGUGUUCAAUAAUAGGGGGUAAUAGACAUGUGUUCGUAUGUGGGGUAUUUUUUUUUUUUUGAGCAUUUCAGUGUCCGGAUAUUGCCUGCUCGCAUGUCGCUAAUACCGUGAGCAGAGUGAUUAAUUAGCAGUUGUCAAACGCCCCGCCUUACCCUUUUGUCCCCUGUUGGAUAACUAAGGACUCCUAUCUUGUAUUGUAUUAAGCUAUGAUCUAUAUGAAAUUCGGAAUGAUGCUGCAGACAGCAUUUCCUUGUAAAAGUAGUUAUGUGGGGGCAAAGGGUAAGCACUGGGUUAAUUGAAUAUCAUGGGAUACGGAGGUUGUAUCCCUUAUGUCAGUGCACAUGUUCGUGUGGUACCUGAACCCUCAAGCAAGCAAAGACUGCAACUAUGAGUUCUUCAAUGUCCCAGUGCUUUCCUGAUCUCAUCUGUGAAUUUGUUCUCUGUGUUUGCAAGGAGGGAUCGUUCUUUUAUGCGUCUGAAGCCCCAGGCGUUCUUGAGGUCACUGUAGUAUCCGUGUCGUCGUGUCUCGUGGGUGAUAGUUUCCAUUAAUCAUAUUCACUGUUCUGAGUCAUGUUGUAUAAAGUCAGAGUUUUUGGGGUUCCUUCCAGAGGUUUAAGGCACAUCGAAUGCCUAGGUGGUGUAUGUUAAUUUAGUUUACAGGUCAUCUUCUCCCUUUAGCAAUGGUUUUAGUCAGCUCGGUGUGCUGGUAUCUUGUUCCAUUCUACCUGUAGUCGGCGGGAGGACAUGUCCCCUUUCUCUGUUGCUUUGCACGUAAUACCCCAGGUUUGUAGGAGUUUCACUCCGUCUUCUGGUGAGGAGAUAGUAUGUAGUUUGCCCUCUCGGGAGAUGAUCAUUUUUGUAGGGUACCCCCAUCGAAAUCUCAUGCCAUUUGUUCUUAAGCUGUCCGCUAUGUGGGAAAGAUCCUUUCUUUUUUUCAGUGUAGUAGCAGAUAGAUCUGCGAAUAUUUUUACUGAGGGGUAGUCGGGAUGUGGAGCAGAUUUAUUCCUGCUUGAUCGCAGUAUUAGCUCCUUUAUAUGGUAAUAAUGCACUCGCGUGAGUACAUCUCUUGGCACAGUUUCUGGCAGGUACCUUGGUUUUGGGAGUCUGUGAACCCGGUCCAGAAGCAGCAUCUCCCCCGGUAUAUCAGGUGCAUAGGCCUUAGCGAGGCCUCUUACGAAUGCCUGCAAAUCUUCUGGCCCGAUCGAUUCCGGGACUCCCCGCAGCCGCAGGUUGUUCCUUCUGGAACGAUCUUCAAGGUCCGCUAGUUUCACUUCAGUCAUUUUAAGUUGUUGCUCCAUAUGCUCUACGUGACUCGCAAGAUCGUUAUGUGCUACAGCAAAAGCAUCCAUUUUGGACUCGACGUGUGUUGUCCGUUUGUUUAUCUCUUGUACAUCCCUUCGCAGUGAGUCCAUGGAAUGUUGCCAGGACAUGAUUAAUUUCUGGGAUAGGUUGUCAAGCGCUACUUGCAGGUAGCUUUUGGUGAGUUGGUCGGUUUGUGUAGCCAGUUCUGUGUCUUGUUGUGGAUCUCGCGGAUUCGGGCUGGUGCCGCCAUCUUGCGAGGGCCGCAUCUGCUCCGUGGCAUCUGGUUGUAGUCUGUUGUUAAAAAAAUUUAAUUUUUCGCUUUUUGCAGCAGUUUUCUUUGAUUUAGUUUGUGCCAUCCUAUCUUGUGGCAAUUUGCAGGUCCUAAGCAGUCGGAUUGUGAUGGAUUGUCGGCCUCAGUAGCCGGAGCUCGGGUUCAAGCGACCAUUAAGCUCGGCGGUUAGCCACGCCCCCCCCCUAUAGUGGUCUUUUAAUAAAAAAUGCCCCCUCAAUUAAAUACAUACACAAACACACUCCAUUAUAUAAACAUACACUACACAAACACUGCAUUAUAUAAACACACUACACACACACUGUGUAUAUAAUGCAGUGUGUUUAUAUAAUGCAGUGUUUGUGUAGUGUGUGUAUAUAAUGCAGUGUGUUGGUUUAGUGUGUAUAUAAUGCGCACUAUACAAACACUGCAUUAUAUACGCACACUAUACAAACACUGCAUUAUAUACACACACUACACAAACACACUGUAUAUAAUGCAAAGGGUUUAUAUAAUGCGGUGUGUUUGUCGGUGUGUUUAUAUACUGCACACUACACAAACACACUGCAUUAUAUAAACACACUAUGCAAACACACUGUGUAUAUAAUGCAGUGUGUUUGUGUAGUGUGUAUAUAAUGCAGUGUGUUUGUGCAGUGUGUUUAUAUAAUGCACACUCCACAAACACACUGCUUUAUAUACACACACUACAUAAAUACACUGUGUAUAUAAUGCAGUGUGUUUAUAAAAUGCACACUACACAAACACACUGCGUUAUAUAAACACACUGCACAAACACACUGUAUAUAAUGCAGUGUGUUUGUGUAGUGUGUGUGUGUAUAUAAUGCAGUGUGUUUAUAUAAUGCACACUACACAAACACACUGCAUUAUAUACACACACACUAUACAAAUAAACACACUGCAUUCACUAUACACACACUACACAAAUACACACACUUUGCAUUUAGUAUAUACAGCAUUCACUUUACACACACACUGCAUUCACUUUGCGCACACUACCCACACACUACAUUCACUAUACACACUACACAAACACUCUGCAUUCAUUAUUUACACACUACACAAAUACACACUGCAUCCACUACACACACACUACACAAAUACACACAGCAUCCCCUACACACUACACAAAUACACACAGCAUCCCCUACACACUACACAAAUACACACUGCAUCCACUACACACACACUACACAAAUACACACAGCAUCCCCUACACACUACACAAACACACACAGCUCCCCUGUCUAAACACACUGCAUCCACUACACAUGGCAUGUAUAUUGUGUGCAUUUACCUUUAGAAAUAGUUUAGUUUUUUCAAAAUGGUAAAUAUACAGAAUAUCUGUAAGUUAUCGGCUAUCGGCCUGAAAGUUCACAGAAUAUCGUAUCGGUAUCUGCUCUAAAAAAAUCAAUAUUGAUUGAUCCCUAAUGGUUACCUUAUCUUUAGUAUACAGGGAGUGCAGAAUUAUUAGGCAAAUGAGUAUUUUGACCACAUCAUCCUCUUUAUGCAUGUUGUCUUACUCCAAGCUGUAUAGGCUCGAAAGCCUACUACCAAUUAAGCAUAUUAGGUGAUGUGCAUCUCUGUAAUGAGAAGGGGUGUGGUCUAAUGACAUCAACACCCUAUAUCAGGUGUGCAUAAUUAUUAGGCAACUUCCUUUCCUUUGGCAAAAUGGGUCAAAAGAAGGACUUGACAGGCUCAGAAAAGUCAAAAAUAGUGAGAUAUCUUGCAGAGGGAUGCAGCACUCUUAAAAUUGCAAAGCUUCUGAAGCGUGAUCAUCGAACAAUCAAGCGUUUCAUUCAAAAUAGUCAACAGGGUCGCAAGAAGCGUGUGGAAAAACCAAGGCGCAAAAUAACUGCCCAUGAACUGAGAAAAGUCAAGCGUGCAGCUGCCACGAUGCCACUUGCCACCAGUUUGGCCAUAUUUCAGAGCUGCAACAUCACUGGAGUGCCCAAAAGCACAAGGUGUGCAAUACUCAGAGACAUGGCCAAGGUAAGAAAGGCUGAAAGACGACCACCACUGAACAAGACACACAAGCUGAAACGUCAAGACUGGGCCAAGAAAUAUCUCAAGACUGAUUUUUCUAAGGUUUUAUGGACUGAUGAAAUGAGAGUGAGUCUUGAUGGGCCAGAUGGAUGGGCCCGUGGCUGGAUUGGUAAAGGGCAGAGAGCUCCAGUCCGACUCAGACGCCAGCAAGGUGGAGGUGGAGUACUGGUUUGGGCUGGUAUCAUCAAAGAUGAGCUUGUGGGGCCUUUUCGGGUUGAGGAUGGAGUCAAGCUCAACUCCCAGUCCUACUGCCAGUUCCUGGAAGACACCUUCUUCAAGCAGUGGUACAGGAAGAAGUCUGCAUCCUUCAAGAAAAACAUGAUUUUCAUGCAGGACAAUGCUCCAUCACACGCGUCCAAGUACUCCACAGCGUGGCUGGCAAGAAAGGGUAUAAAAGAAGAAAAUCUAAUGACAUGGCCUCCUUGUUCACCUGAUCUGAACCCCAUUGAGAACCUGUGGUCCAUCAUCAAAUGUGAGAUUUACAAGGAGGGAAAACAGUACACCUCUCUGAACAGUGUCUGGGAGGCUGUGGUUGCUGCUGCACGCAAUGUUGAUGGUGAACAGAUCAAAACACUGACAGAAUCCAUGGAUGGCAGGCUUUUGAGUGUCCUUGCAAAGAAAGGUGGCUAUAUUGGUCACUGAUUUGUUUUUGUUUUGUUUUGAAUGUCAGAAAUGUAUAUUUGUGAAUGUUGAGAUGUUAUAUUGGUUUCACUGGUAAUAAUAAAUAAUUGAAAUGGGUAUAUAUUUGUUUUUUGUUAAGUUGCCUAAUAAUUAUGCACAGUAAUAGUCACCUGCACACACAGAUAUCCCCCUAACAUAGCUAUAACUAAAAACAAACUAAAAACUACUUCCAAAAAUAUUCAGCUUUGAUAUUAAUGAGUUUUUUGGGUUCAUUGAGAACAUGGUUGUUGUUUAAUAAUAAAAUUAAUCCUCAAAAAUACAACUUGCCUAAUAAUUCUGCACUCCCUGUAAUUCAUGGAUUACGAGACAAAAAAAGUUAUGUUUUAUUAUUGCGGACCUGCGAGUCCAAUAUGUGCAACGUCAUAGUAUUAACAGCACUCAUCUAUAUUGGAGACCUGUGCGUCUCACUGUUUGGAUACUCAAUCACUAUUUGUAAGUGCUGUAACGAAAACACAACACACACAGAUAACAAUCACAAUUACACAACAUAGUAGGGGCACUACACCCCACAUAAGGGUACUAAACACCCGCAGAUGGAUACCAUAUCUUUAAUAAAAGGUUACAGAUCAAAUUUCUUUUUAUUAAAAAAAAAAAAAAAGCAAUGGAAGAAAAACAAAACAAUCACAUAAAACAAAAUAGUAUCAAGAACUAUAUUUCUGAUCACCACAACAACAGAAAAGUGCUCAUAUAAUAAAUAUCAGUUGUCAAACAUGGUGCCAAUGGGCCAUCUUUGGUCAACUGCUCUAAUGAAUCCAGCCCAGAGUCACCAUGGAUAAGAUCUCCCCAACUGACCAGAACUCCCAUCGCGCCAUUCCUAGUUCAGUAUACAAUUCAGCCCUCUUAGCAAAUUAUUCAUACUUUAUUUUUAAAGCCCCAAAACAUUCUGCAGUGCUGUCCAUUGUUACAAAUAAAAGGUCAAUGGUACAUUACAUAUAAGAGACCAUUCAGAAUUUGUCAAAUACAGGAGAGGUUGAGGGCUCUGUUCUGUGUUAAUUUACAAUCCAUGUGAGAUUGUAUAUUGCGUUUAUAAUGACACUUUCUUUAUGUGGUUUAUUAUUAAAGGGAAACUCUCUUGCACAAUGUUUUUCCCCUAUAUGAUUAAGUGGUUAUGAUUAAAAGAACAAGCCAAUGGAUUUGCACAAUUCAGUAGAUGUGCCACCAGUGAAAACAUUCAUGCAUUUAUUGCUGCAUAUCUAAAAACAGCUUGCAAAAGCUGCAGGUUUGCCUCCAUUUUCCCUAAACGUUCAGUCUGUUCCAUGGAAUUUAACUAUAGGGCUUCUUUUUUUGAGCCACUAGUGUGCACAUGCACACGCUCUCGAUUUAUCCAAAGUCCUCUAUGCUGCCAGCCAUGGAGUCUGCACCAGACAUAUUGCACUAUUGGUUGCCUCUCUCCUCUGUCUUUCAUAUAAACGAAAUUACGGUACAGCCACGUGAGGACACACCCUCUGCAAUAAGCACUUUAGACCAAAGCGAGGUCGUCACAUCUGGACUAUUCCUAUCUUCUUACGUUGUGGAAAUUUGAACAUUGUUCUACCUUUUUGCCGUUUUAUCCUUUAUUCUAGACAUUGUCUCACCACCAUUAUCUUACUUGGCGCAGCCCUUGUUCCUCCAUUUUUGUUCUAAUAGGUUUACCUAACCUGAUCUCCCAAUAAAUGAGAGGGUAACCCUAACCUAAAAAGCAAGUGCAAAAAAAAAAAAAGGAUUCAACUAGUACAAGGUCUGAGAAAUAUGGGAGACGAGAGAACUACCUAAAAUUAAACUUUUAUUCAAUUAGUUAUAAUAGGAAUACUGUACCAAAAAAAGGAAAUCUCCAGAUAGUGACUAAACUAAAGUUACAUAGAGGAUAGUAGAAAAGAGCUUAAUGGGAAUACUCUCAAAAUGCACAAAUACCUAAACAUAUCUUGUGAAUGCCUGUAACGAGAUGUGAGUUCCCCUGGUGUGUGAGAUGUCGUUUGCCUAAUGAUCGAGUUGUUGGAAUGCGUGGGUGGGAUUCAGUAGGUGCUCAACCAUAAUGCGUAAGGGGUGAUGUGCUUCCUCAUCGCUAUGUGAUACCCCUGACCAAGGGGGCAGAGGGGAUGGGUGAUGUGGUAGUAUGCGUUGAGACUCAUGUCUCUGCGGAUUCUAGCGCUCAUGUUGGGUGGUAACUUGAACACGUGUGGGAGAGAUCAAAGAACGAAAAAACAACCAAAUAUACAAAUGCAACUUAAAGCAAAACCGAUAUAACAGCGUCUUGUUGAGUUUGCCCCAGGGGCUGCUGCUCAAGUGCUAUGGCCGUAUUCAGGGCCCGACUGGCUCACCGGGAUACCUGGAAAUUUCCCGGUGGGCCGUCGGCACCUGGGGCCGGGCAGACACCUGCUGGCGGCCGGUGGGGAAGCUGACUGUUCUGUCUCUGCUCUCCAGCGCGCAGCUUAAUGAGACCGGGGCCGGAAUAUGACGGGGCCUACCCUCGUCCCUUCCGGUGAGGGGAAUCAGCUGGAUCCUGUGCUGCACAUGCGUGCUAGCACUCCUGCUACUCCUCCACAGCAAGGUCCUGGAAGGUAAGUACAACUAGUUUUACACUAGUUUUAUAGUUAGUACAUUCACUAAGCUUAGGACAUGGGACAUUUAGGGUUAAUGUUAGGGUUCAAAUUAGGGUUAGGAUUAGGCACUUGUGUGUAUUUAGUGAUAUUUCACAUUAGGGGAAUAUCACUAAAUAGUGAUUUUUCACACUUUAUUUUAACCUUUGCCCCAAGGGUUAGGGUAAGAAUAGAGUGAGAGAGAGGUUAGAAUCACUUACCUAACCCUAAUUUAAACCCUCACUUAACCCUAAAUGUCCCGUGUGCCUAAGCUUAGUGAAUGCACUAACUAUAAUGAAAGUGUAAAACUAGUUUUACUUACCUUCCAGGACCUUGCUGUGGAGGAGUAGCAGAAGUGUUAGCACGCAUGUGCAGCACAGGAUCCAGCUGAUUCCCCUCACCGGAAGUGACGAGGAUAGGGGAUUUUCACGAGGUAGGGGAAUUUGAUAGAACACCGGCCCCGGUCUCAUUAAGCUGCGCGCAUGGUGUGUGUGUUUGUGUCUGUGUCAUGGUGUGUGUUUGUGUGUCUGUGUCAUAGUGUAUGUGUGUGUCUGUGUGUAUUUAAAAAGUGUUUUACUCACUUUUUUUUGUCUCCCCUCGACUGGCCCUGCCUCUAUCAAGCUGAUGAUCUCAGCCAAUCCAAUGCUCUGCCACUGUGCAGCAGUGACACAGGAAGCACCUCUAGUGACUGUCUGAGUGACUGUCACUAGAGGUGUCACUAGGAAGCAAUGUAAACACUGCCAUUUCUCGGAAAAGUCAGUGUUUACAUUGAAAAGCCUGCAGGGACAGGCUAUAGACACCAGAGCCACUACAUUAAGCUGUGUGUGUGUGUGUGCGCGCGCGCCUGCUAGUGAGUGAGCUUGCUUCCGUGUGUGCCUGAUAGUGAGUGAGUGAGCUUGUGUUUUAUGCCAAUGAGCUUAUGUAUAUCAGUGACAUUGUUUGUCUAUGAGGCUGUGUAUCAAUGAGCUUGUGUGUGUCAGUGAAAUUGUCUGUGUCUGCAUGUGAGUAUGCUUAAUGUAUAAUUAAACGUUUUACUCUGAAAGGACCAAUAUUAUAUAUUAGAAUAAGCAAUAUAUAUACAUAUAUUACUCAACCAUCUGGGGUGGCAAGACAUUGCCUUACAUAUUACAUAUGGCAAUAUAUGGCGCAAUGACUUAUGGGGCUGGCGUAGAUUUUUUUUUUCCAGGGCUGCUUUGUAUCCCCAGUCCGGCCCUGGCCGUAUUUGUUGGCCCAGUCCCCAAGUUUUGUCAGGUUUCAGCUGCCUGUGAGCCUUCCGCUCUCGGUACGAAGGGGGUGAUGCGGGUAGGAUCCCAAGUGUCCAUUGGGGUGGUUGACUUUGGGUCCUGAUGGCUGUCUGCUAAUUCCAGUGCUUGUAGGAAGGCCGGUGCCCCCUCGAUCGACGUGAGUGUAUGAUUUGUUCCAUUGUGGGUUACCACAAGAGUUCCUGGGGUUCCCCAGCGGUAGGGUAUGGCUGCGGAUCUUAGUUGAGAGGUGACUGACCCCAAUAUGUGGGAGUUCCUCUGCUGUCAUGGCAGCAGGGAUGCCAUGUAUUUUAAUGUGGUUCCUGCGCUAUUUGUCUUCCAGAGCUGAGAUUUGGUGUGACAUGGGUGGUUUGCAGUUGUUGUACGGUCUCUUUAAGGGCUGAGAUGUCAGUUCUGGCAUUAAGUAUGUCCUUUUCGGAGGCUUGUACCUUGUCAGUUAUGGCAUGUAUGUCAGUUCUCAGUACUCUGAGGUCAGCAGUCCAUACUUGCUGGAUAUCGGUAAGCAGGAUUUUCAAGUCCUGCUUAGUUGUGGGAGCUGUCCCAUCCGGGAUUGCAAUUGUGUGCAGCAGGCUUGCCUGGGUGGUUGGUGUGGCUCCUUGUCUGUCCUGCGCCUGGUUCUCAUCAUUCCGGUCCUCUGCCGUAGUCAGCUUGGGCUGUGCAGGCUGCCUCAGCAUGUCCCCAAUGUCUCUGCUGUCAGCCGCGGUGGUCGGCUUUUGGAAGCGACGUCCCAUUGCGGUCCGGCACUCUGGCUGUGUUAGCGUGGUGUUGUCACGUACGAGUGCCUCCAGUCCCAGGCUCAGGGGUGUGCAGUAGGCCGCAGAUUUGCGCUGCGGUUUAGAGUAUUUCGGAGUGAGGAAGAAAGGCGUUGUGGCUCUGGGGGACCCGCUGGAAUGGUAAGGAGGUCGGAUGGGUUACAGUUUUCUUGAUAUUUGGUUGGAUUUAGUCGAGUGUUUGGGAGCUCUUAGAAAUGGCGUCUGCUCACCAGGUUUGCAAGCUCCACCCCCCCUUUAUUUUGAACUUUUACUUGUCUUUAAACAUGUGGUGAAAGGCGUUUAAAAUACAAAUAUACCGAACAUUGUAGAACGAACAAUUCGAAUUAAUACGUAAUUUAUAUAAUACAAGUAACAAUUUAACGCAAUAAAAAAAAACUAUAUAUUAAUUUAGCUACUUAUCUGGUUGCCCUAAUUUUCACACCAGCAUUAUGUAAAUAUACACAUCUCUAUUCAGUAACCAGAGGGCGCUGCAGAGUUCUCAAACUAACAAUGCGUAGUUUGUUUUUCAAUUGCUACCAUCACAAGCCCCUUUAGGGUCUUUUGGGACCAGGUCUAUAAUCUGUAAAUAAGAGGCUGCCCUUCAAGCCCCUCCAAAAGACCAUGACAUGGGAACUUCUGUCACACAAUGUAGCAACAGAAAUCUAUUUUACAGUGGUAAUGUGUUACUCAAAAAUAUUAAUUAUUUUAUUCACCUGGACCAGGUUGGUAUCAUAAUUGGCAUGCAAGCCUUGUGUGCGUGGAGACAUCUGACUCCUUCUCCCGUAUAUCUCCCCUCCCCGCCUUUCCUAUUGGCAAUGGUACCAGACAGGAGUCCCUCUUUUAUUUUCCUUAUUCUAAGAACAUCUAAUCACUAAGAUAAGUUCCACUCCCUCCAUUACGGGUAUUGUUAUCAUUUAUGGAGCGUAUAAACUCUUGAUAUAUGUGGAUGUGAUGCUCACCCUCACUAAUCCAGACUCUUCCUUACAUACUUCAUUCUCAGUACUGCAAUACUUUUCAUCUUUGGCUGGCUAUAAAAUGUAUUUUUAUAAAUAAUUGGCAUAGUCCAUCCACAUCCCUCAUGUCAUACCACAAUAUGUGACUGAGACAUGUGGCUUUCUAUUCACCCCUACUGCUAUACUCUACUUAGAUAUUCAAAUACUGCCACACUCUCACAACUAUAUUCCACAAACUACACCCUGAUGAUUGCUAGACUAAACAGAGACUUGAAUACACAGUGUGAAGAUGACCCUCCAUCUCAGAUCUCAGACUUCUCAAUUUGUUUCAAGGGUUUCCGAAACCACUCUGUACUGCGGAUUCAAAUCCCUUCAGUUAGCUAUAGGUCGGCAGUAUAGAGUUGCCCGCUCUGUUCUGUUCAAUCCUAAAUUGUUAGGUGGUCUGGGUUUGCCUAGCUUUACUUUCUAUUCUAUUGCGACACAACUGGCUUAGAUUCAGGGCUGGCAUCUUGUUGACCUGGAAUCAGACCUUUGUGAUCCAGAUCUCCCACAAUUUUUUAUUUGGCUUCCAAAUCCUUUCAACUCCCAAUCUCUACUUCCUACCCCUUUAUUCUUAACUCAUUACAUAUUUGGGAUAGUUGAACUAAGAAAUCUGAGCUUACGACUUUCCUAUUUACCCCGUUUUAAGGAACUCUGUGUUUUCAAGAUAUAUGUACCUAUUUUCUAUUGGCAUGUUGGUUACUUUUGAAGAUUUCUGUUUUCUCCAAUUGCGCAGUUUUGCCCUAACAUCUAGGGUCUGUAUCGCAGCUCAGCACCACCCUACAACAUUUGAUUAGCUUUAUCUUAAAAAAAGCAACCCACGGUUAUGACACUAUACUAUCCAAUUCUCUUACAUCAGUAUUAGAUUUGAAAGACAUCCCCUAUGUUGCUAAGUGGGUCACUGACCUGGGAGGGGGAGCUCAGAUGAGAUGACUAGGCUGACAAAUCUUACAUAUGUGUCACUCUCUAAGAGCAGGCAGGGGUGCAAAACCAGGGAGUUGGCCUGGACUUGCCGCUGGAUUUUGUAUGUUGUAUGAAUUUGCCCCAGCGGCACCCUUAUAAGUAUGCAUGUUCAGGUGAGUGCAGCCCUCUUGGUUUCUUUUAUAUAUUUGGGAGUUCAGGCCAACUCCUUGGUUUUGCACCCCUCCCUGUCACAGGUGCCUCAUUCCAGGCUCUAUUUAACCUUGGACUGCAGAGAGCCCCAGAUGGAUUUUUUUUCCCCCAAAGUAAGUGAAUUAAUCUCAUAAAAGCAGACAUGAGGUUGUUAGAAUAGGACCUACCAAGAAUGGGGUACAUUGACGUUGUGGCAGGUUUAUGCAAUGUAUGAUCAUGUACUGUAACUAUACUCCCAUUAUAUUUUGCCUAGGGGUGGUGUUUUUAAAUAAAACGAUCAUAUUCUGUGAGACUUGAAAUUGCUGUUGGGUGAAUGAGUGAGGGUGCUGGAUUUUGUAUGUAAUAUAUAUAUAUACAAAAUAAUUCUUUUCUGCUGUCAUUGGGGGGAAGGGAGGUUACGAGGAAUGGGGGUCACAGAGGGCCCUAUAGUGUUAGGAUCACCAUUUUGUAUUCCUAACACUGUGGAGCUCCUUUAAUUCUUAUCUACAGCAUGCUAAGCCAUGCAUUUUAAAGAUCUAGCACUUAAACUACAAAACAUUCAUCAGGCUGUGUAUUAUAUGUAAUUAUUAGGUGCCCAGGCUUGUGUGCUUGUGUUUUCCACAACUGAUCGGGAGUCCUUUGAAGCCAUAGCCAGUUGGAGAGAACAAGUGGUAGCAGAAGUUGGUGAUAUUCCCACAGUUCUUGUUCAGAAUAAAAUUGACCUGCUUGAUGACACGGAUAUUAAGAAGUAAGUUGACUUUUGCCAGUAAUUGUGUUUAAAGCAUCUUCCUAAUGUAUAACUACUACUAAUAUUGUUUAUAAAACAGACAACAUAUUCUACAGUGGAAUUAUACUGUUUUGUUUUUAUUUAUUUAUUUCCUAUUGCAGGUGUAUUUAACCCCUUAAGGACGCAGCUUCAGAAGCUGGACAUACCCUUAAGGACUCAAGCUAUUUUUGCAUUUUUUGCUGUUUGUGUUCAACUGCAAUUUGCAUCGCUCUCAUUUAUUGAAUCAACACAUGUUAUAUAUCGUUUUUUAAAGGACAAGAUGGGCUUUACUUUGAUGUGACUUAUACAUAUAUAAAAUCUAAUUUAUUAUUAAAAAACAUUUAAAAAAGGAAAAUAUAUAUAUAUAUAUAUAUAUAUAUAUAUAUUUUUUUUAUUUUUUUUUCACAGUUUUGGCAAUAAUAGUGUGUGUAUAAUAUGUCCAGCUUAGGAAAAGUAAUUCAAAAUAAAUUCAUUUAGGUUUCUUGUUUUUCAAAGUGCAUAAUAUGUAAAGGAUUUCAGCUUAUUUUAAAAGUUACAGGUCACAAAAUACAAGGAGUAAUAUAAAAUUUAAAUGUGAAAAUUUUUUAGAAGUUGGUAUGUUUGACUUGUAAGUUUGACAGCUGUCACAGAAAACAAAAUUGCUACACAAAAGUAUAUAUUUAAAUAAAGAAGACAUCACAGGCUAUUUAUUUAAGGGUAUUUUGACACUUUUUACAUAGCCUUUUUCCCACCAAUCUCUGCUACAUAUUGUAGUAAAAUUGUGUUUUUUCUGUUUUUUGAAAUACACACAUGUAACAAGGUUUUUAAAUGUGUAUUUUGUAAAGCUGCUGUGUGCUAUUCCUGGUCAAAAUCCCAUUUUGUGUUCAGCAACAUCUGUACAACAAUACCCCCAUUGUAUGUCUUUGCCACUAUUUUGGGAAGCUACAAUGAAAUAUAAGAGGCCAGACUAUUUCAGUUUCUACAGUUAGAAAAUUCAAAGAUGGAUUUAAUGGACCUGUGUCUUAUUUUUGGGCAUUAUAGUAGUUUGGUUGUUCAAAUGACCACACAAAGGCCUUCCAUUCGUGAAAGUAGACACUCCAUGGUAUCUCAUAUGGCAUAUAUUUUGCCUUAACGGUUCACCAUUAUAUGUCAAAAUUUGUGUUAAAAAAUAUUUUCCGCAUUUUUUCCUUAAGCAUUACAUUUGUGCUGGGCAUUUUGUAUAUUUGAUAUGUUCCACUAUGAUCAAACACCCCUAAUUAUGCUCAGCUAAGUCUUCUGAGUAAAACAAUACCCCCAAUGUAUGUCUUUGACACUAUUUGGUGACGCUACAGUGCCAUAAAGGAGACCUGACCAUUUCAUUUUUUAGAGUAGAAUUUUGAGUGACGGAUUUGCAGGGCUUAUGUUUCAGUUUGGGCCAUUAUAGCAGUUUGACAGUUUCAAAAACCGCAAAAAGGCCUACCAUUUGUGAAAGUAGACACUCCAGGGUAUCUCAUAUGGCAUAUAUUGUGCCUUAACAUGUCGCCAUUUUUUCGCCAUUAUAUGUCAAAGUUUGUGGUAAAAAAAUAUUUUCAAAUUUUUUCCUUAAGCAUUACAUUUGUGCUGGGCAUUUUGUAUAUUUGAUAUGUUCCACUAUGAUCAAACACCCCUAAUUAUGCUCAGCUAAGUCUUCUGAGUAAAACAAUACCCCCAAUGUAUGUCUUUGACACUAUUUGGUGAUGCUACAGUACCAUAAAGGAGACCUGACCAUUUCAGUUUUUAGAGUAGAAUUUUGAGAGACGGAUUUGCAGGGCUUAUGUUUCAAUUUGGGCCAUUAUAGCAGUUUGACUGUUUCAAAAACCGCAAAAAGGCCUACCAUUUGUGAAAGUAGACACUCCAGAGUAUCUCACAUGGCAUAUAUUGUGCCUUAACAUGUCGCCAUUUUUUCACCAUGAUAUGUCAAAGGUUGUGGUAAAAAAAUAUUUUUUGCAUUUUUAACUUAUGCGUUACAUUUGUGCUGGGCAUUUUGUAUAUUUGAUAUGUUCCAAUAUGAUCAAACACCCCUAAUUAUGCUGAGCUAUCUCCUGUGAGAAAAACGAUACCCCCAAUGUAUGCCUUUAGUCGUAUUUCCUGAUGCUACACUGCCAUAUAGGAGACCUGACCAUUUCAGUUUUUACAGAAUUUUAUAGGUUUAUGACUCAUUUUGGGUUCUAAUAGCAGGUUGCUUAUUCAAACUUUCCCCACAAAGGCCUACCAUUUUUUAAAGUAGACACCCCAGGGUAUUUCAAAAGGCCCAUUUUGAACCUUAGGGUGGAAUCAUUUUUUCGCUAGUGAGUACCAAGUCUAGUAGUAGUAAGCAUUUUCUCUGCCUUUUUGACACACACACUGAGAUUUUACUGCAUAGUUUACAAUCCUUAGGUGUGCUACAGCAGUAUAACGCUUCAUAUGUCACUCAGCUAUGUCGUCUGAGUACAGCAAUACCCCUGUGUGUACCUUUCCCAGGUAUAUGUGGAUGUUGGAGGGGCAAAUUUGAGACUCGGCAAUUUCAGGUCUGUUUCAAACUUUGAAUUUUAAUGCUGGGUCCAUGUCCCAUUUUGGGGCAUUUGACAGGUUGAGAAUUCAAACUUCCCCCACAAAGGCCUACCAUUUUUUAAAGAAGACACUCCAGGGUAUUUCAAAAGGCCCAUUUUGAACCUUAGGGUGGGAUCAUUUUUUCGCUAGUGAGUACCAAGUCUAGUAGUAGUAAGCAUUUUCUUUGUCUUUUUGACACAUACUUUGAGAUUUUACUGCAUAGUUUACAAUCCUUAGGUGUGCUACGGCAGUAUAACGCUUCAUAUGUCACUCAGCUAUGUCGUCUGAGUACAGCAAUACCCCUGUGUGUACCUUUCUCAGGUAUAUGUGGAUGUUGAAGGGGCAAAUUUGAGACUCGGCCAUUUCAGGUUUGUUUCAAACUUUGAAUUUGCAUGCUGGGUCCAUGUCCCAUUUUGGGUCAAACUCUGAGGCACUGUCUGUCACCUCUGAAUCCGCUGUCAGAAUUCUCUAACUGUACUUCCAAAGCAUUUUAAACUUUUUACACAAGAACUUUAACAAAACAAUGUUAUUUUAGUUUUUUGUUGUUUUUUUUUUUAUUUGUAUUUCUACCCCUAGCAUACGCACUAAACUCCCCAAUUUCCCAGGAACUAUCAUCCACCCCAAUUAACUAAAUAAAAGGUAAAAAAAAAUUUGUAUUGAGAAUUUAUUGGCUCUGAGUAUGAAAUAAUUUAAAACAGUUCCCAAUACAAAGGCCAGGCUGAGAGGGACAAUCAGGGCAGUAGAAACUGGUCUCCGUUCGAAUGCCUCUCUGGUAACACAGCCUGCACCUUUUCUGGGGGUCUUUUUUUUGGGGGUUGGUGGUAUCCGAAAGCAGAAGUGACCUGUCUGAAUAUCUCUGCUGCUAGGCCCUGCUGAUGGCUCCCCACUGUGGCACUCAGUGAGCAGCACAGAAAUGAGCUGAAACUGAAAUGUAAGAAAAGUACAUUUCAGCUGGGGAUUUGCCUUUUUGAAAAGGAUGAAUGCAUUGUGAGUAGCCAUUUGCAUUAAAUAAAUGCCCACUUUCUUAUACCAGGCCCUGGUCUUUCUCAUUAUCAGAUAUGGCUGCAGCAGUUGAUCAGACAGGUCAACUCCCCCAUGUGUUUAUUGUAUUGCUUAAUGCAGACAGGCAGCCGUCUUGUUUCCUGUCUGCCACGAACUGCGACCCUGCGUGUGUGUUCACUGUGCAUGGUAGUCAGUAUGAACACCUCCUUUUUGUCUCUGUAUUUCAGAGCCAGCAGUUCGUCCUGGCAUAGAGCAGCCGUUUCCCCCUUUUUAAUUUUUUUCUCUGCCAGAGCCUUGGGGAAGCCAGUGCGUGUCUUGCGGAUAGUGCCGCAGACCACAGUCUCAAAACAAUAUAGCAUUUUUUGGAGGGGUAUGCUAUUGUAGUAAUUAUCAAGGUAGAGGUGGUACCCCUUGUUCAGUAGCGGGUUCAUUCGAUCCCAAACUAUUUUUCCGCUAGUCCCAACUACAUCAGGGCAACCUGGGGGAUCCCGGUGGCUAUCUUUACCUUCAUAUAUUCUGAAGUUAUAAACAUACCCACUGCUACUUUCACAUAACUUGUAUAGCUUGAUGCCAUACUGGGAUCUUUUGGCUGGGAUGUAUUGCUUAACCGCUUAAGGACGGAGGGCGUCUGCUAAUAUAUUAUAUGCCUCCUCGGCACUAAACUUUCUAAGCAUGGUGAAAGCUUAAAAUUAACUUUAACUAAAUAACGUAUUUUUUUGUUUUGUUUUUUUAACUUUUUUUAUACUUUUUUUGUUUUCUGAAUUUUUUUAAUACUUUUUUUAGCUUUUUUAAAACUCUUAAAAACUUUCUAAAACUUCUAAAAACUUUUUUUAAAAUGAACCCCUGUGGGUAAAAACAGGAAUCAGAUCACCGUGCUUACACCUAGCGAAGCAGAAAUGCUUUGACUUAAAAUAAACUACUUUUUUUUUCCUCUUUUUUCCUUUUUUCACUUUUUUUUAUACUUUUAUAAACUUUUAAUAACUUUUAUAAACUUUUAAUAACUUUCUAAAACUUUUCAGCUUCCUAGCUACACUAAUGCUAGAUUCCCCAAUUCCCCCUAGCUUCAAUCCACCCCAGCUAACUAAUUAACUGAAAAUAAAAGUAAAAAAAAAAAAAAAAUUAAAUAUAUUUAACCCCUGAGGGUUAAAAAGAAAAUAAAGUUAACCCCUGAGGGUUAAAAAAAAACCUCUGAUCUCAGUAAAGUACUGUGAUCAGUAUUGUGAUCACUGCUGCCAGUGAUCAAAGGGUUAAACUUUUAAAGUUAAAGGGGGUAAAAGGUUUUUUUUUAAACUUUUAAACACUUUGUGUCUGUCAGGGACACAAAGUUUCAAACGAUCCAUCUCUCUCCACUUCUAAUCACACACAGAGGUGGAGGGAGGAGGAUCAGAAGUCCCAGCUGCACUGUGAUCGCUGUGACUGGCUGUCACAGCGAUCACACGUGCUGGGACAGCACUAUUGGCUGUUGCUGGGCUUCCUCAAACGCCGAGGCACCCAGCAACAGCGUUAACCCCGCGAUCGCGGCGAUCUGGCGUUAACUUUAGUAAUUGACGGAAAUUUUCCGUCAAGCGUCCUUAAGGGUAGGUCUGCCUUGACGGAAAAUUUCCGUCCAGCGUCGUUAAGGGGUUAAAAAAAAAAAUUAAUACACUGGUGAUAUGCUAUAGUAGAAUUAUUUAUACUAUAACAUGUAUUCCAUAGUUACUAUUUCAACACCAAAAGGGACAAGUUUGCAUCAUGUGUGUAUUGGUUUGUUAUUUGUUAAAAAAUACAAAUAUUAUGUUUUUUCCCUUCUAGUGAAGAAGCAGAGUCAUUGGCAAAAAAGUUAAAAUUGCGUUUUUACCGAACCUCCGUUAAAGAAGACUUAAAUGUUAACGAAGGUAAGUUUAGAUGUGUUUAUAAAAACCAUUCGACAUAUGGAGAUUUUUAAAUUUUAUUUUAUAGUAAUGAAUUAAAAAAUGCAAAAUGUAUUUUCCUCUCCCUUGAGAUCCUGGGCUUUUAGUGAUUUAGAGCGGCAGGUUACCAUAGCACUUAUCGGACUCACUUAGAAGCACGAGAUUGGAGGUGAGAGAUACAAGUAUUCUGCAAUUAUCAUCAUUAUCAUGGUAUAAGGGCAUAAGACAAAAAGUCCAACUUCAGAGACAAUCUGUAAACAAUACUACAUGCACACAUACAAUCUCACAAAGCAACCAUCAUACCCAUUGUGACAAAAGUACUCCUUUCCCUUGGUACCUUGUCCUGGGAUCGGGGUGUUACACACAGUCUUUUCAGGCUUUAGAGACACUUCACACGCUGGAUGAGGUAAACUGACUUGCUCUUUUAUUGAGGUUCCAAAAUAAAUGCACAGUAAGGUAUAAAGGUAACAAAAAUAUAUCAAACAAAAGCCUUGCUCUUCUGAGCACUAACUAAACAAAAUAAUCAGCUAACUGGGUUGGAUGGCUUGUCCAUUUCCCAACAUAAACAUAAACAUAAACCCAACAUAAACAUAAACAUAAACAGCCUUACUGCUUCAGGGUUUUCAGCUCUCUGUUUCCACUCACAGAAACCAAACACAAUCUCCCUUCUUCCUUGGCAGGGGAGUACUUUAUAGCACUGGUAAUUGACAAUCCUUUUCAGGUGAGUUAGAUUAGGAUUCAAACUCCAGAACUGGACUUCUCACCAAGCAACUUCCAAAAUGUGGAGUGGAGCACUGGCCCACCCUACUCUCCAGGUGCUCCACCCCAGGGCCCAAAUAUACACAUAUUUAAAGUGCAACAUUCAUUAGAACAUAACACAUUUCCCUGGGGCUAAUUACACAAAGUAAGAACCUUGCAAAAUCUGGGGAGGUAUAUAGGUUCCUUCCAGCACAAUUCCUUGCUUUCUGUCACACCAUAGAUUACAUAAACCGUUUCCAAACACACUCCAGUAAUAGUAAUAGUAUAAGUUAAAUGCCAGUGAUUAAAAUAUAUUUGUUUAUCUUACAGUUUUUAAAUAUUUAGCUGAUAAAUACCUUCAGAGGCUAAAACGGCAAACUGCGGAAGACACAGAAGUUGUGCAUUCAAGCAGCAACAAAAUUGGUAUGUAUUGCAUGCAUGUAUAUAUUUGAAUGGUGAAACCGUUGACCCUUUUUCUGAAACUUGUGAGUAAAGGCACUCUGUCCAUUUCAGAUGACCCAUCAAAACACCUCUCUAAUGGAGUUAACAUUUGUAUUGGAAAAAUGUAAAGGCAAUUUAUUUUUUUAGCAAAUCCUUUAUCAGUUCCUGAUGACAACUGAGCUUUGUAAGCAAAGAUAGCCAACUUAACAAAACAUUGAGUUGGAAUGUGUAUAAAGUGAUAGCUGGUGGUACAGCUGUUAUCAUUUACAAUUCAUUUCCAAUCUUCCUAUGUGAUGACUGGAUCUGCAGGUUGAAGAUAAGCUACUAACAGCUGCUGGACAAGUGUUUAUGGGAUACGAUCAGGCCACUAAGACUAGAAUAAGAAAUAACCCUUUUGAUUGGAAUGGGAGAGGUCUGCCUGAAGCUGCUAGCAGACCCAAUAGCAGUGCACCAAGGGACACUUUACGGAUAUUAAUGGUUUCUUUUCAUUUGAUUCUUUUAAUAUUUUAAUGUCUUGUAUAAUGCAUUACAAAUAUGGAGUACUUUUCCAACUAUACAAUUUUAUCUAACUCAUUAGUACUUGUUGUUCCUGAAAGAAUCCAGUUUAUAAUAUGUCAAAUGAUACACUGGGAAAUGGGAAUACCAUUUAAAUGUGGAAGUACUCAUGUUUUACCAGAAAUGUGCUAUUCUCAGUGAAUAUGCCCCUUGCAAUUUUAAAGGGACACUAUAGUCACCAGAACAACUACAGCUUAUCGUAUUUGUUCUGGUGAGUAGAAUCAUUACCUUCAGGCCUUUUGCAGUAAACACUGUCUUUUCAGAGAAAAUGCAGUGUUUACAUUACAGCCUCUAACUCUACUGGCCACUCCUCAGAUGGCUAUGAGAGGUGCUUCAUGGGGCAGUGCUGCGCAAUGUGCAGCACUGCCAUUCACUGUCUCCACCCUCUACAUGCAGACACUGAACUUUCUUCAUAUAGAUGUAUUGAUUCAGUAUAUAUCUACGAGGAGAUGCUGAUUGGCCAGGGCUGUGUUUGGAUUGUGCUGACUCUACCCCUGAUCUGCCUCCUUGACAGUCUCAGUCAAUCCUAUUGGAAAUCAUUGUGAUUGGUUCAGAGAAUAACUUCUGAUGAUGUCAACCAAGCAGGCAGAUCAGGGUCAGAGGCAGCAGCUACAGACUUGAAUACAAGUCUGAUUUUACUAUAUUUAGAGUGGCAAGGGGGCUAAAUGGUGGUUUUAACACUAUAUAAGGUCAGGAAUACAUUUGUGUUCCUGACCCUAUAGUGUUCCUUUAACAAUAUAAACAGAGAGCUCAAAUGAGUUAUGUACUGCUCUACUUCACAAUAUUUAUCAAUGUAUAAUAGUAAAAUUGGGAAACAAAAAUAAUAAGCAGGUAGUUUAAGUAAUCAAUAGUUUAAAGUUAGUGAAGUAGAAAAUGUUAAAAAACCCUUUAUCUUCCCUGUGCACCUGCUUGCUACUUUUGUUAUAGCAUUGUUUAGCUUAUUUGUAAGCUUUUAUUUUUGUCUUGCCAACCUUUAUUUUUACAUGUUUGUCUACAUUGAUUUUGUUGAAUCGAUUGUGCAAAUUACAUCUAUGUAUUCUUUCUCUACUAGGGGUUUUUAACACAGCAGGUGGCAGUCAUUCUGGGCAGAAAUCAAGUACUCUUAAUGGAGGAGACGUGAUCACUUUGAGGCCAAACAAACAGAGAACAAAAAAAUCCAAAAGCCCUCUGACCAGUUGCAACCUCCUCUAG